UACAACCAGAGCGACGACGCUGACGGAAUCCUCAUCAGAAACGAAGAGUACUUCCGUAACCAAGGCAAGGUCAUGCAGGUCGAGCACUGCCUUCAGAACUUGAAGAAGAUCUCCACUAGCUACACGCAUCAAACCAGAGACACCAGCCUCGAAGAAGCCGUCAAGAAAUGUGAACAGGAGUGGGAGAGUACUGUCCACCGUGUAGAAAACUUCAGACAGCAGUUGCAAAGGAUUCCAGCUAAAUGGGACGCGUAUAGAGAUAAGUUCCGGGAGAUGGAGCGAUGGAUGGAUCACGUUGACAAGACCAUGGACAGCAUCGUGAGGGAGGUUGAUUCAGCUGAAGCAUUCGAAAGAGAAAAGACUAUAUUCCAGAACAUUUGCCGUGAAGCGGAUAAGAAACGCGAAGACAUGAAAUGGCUCGUACAAACAUUAGACAUGCUCACCAAUCACUGUUCCGAGGUUGAAGCUCAAGAAGAACAGAUAAGACUUGAAAACCUCAUAGCGAGAUAUAAAAACUUAAUACCCACUAUAGAAAUUACAAUGAUCAAGACUGAAACUUACACACGAUGCUACACUUACCGUCGCGAGGUACACGAAGUUAUCUGCAUCCUUGAAAGUGCGAAAGAGCAGGCCAUGAUUGAGCCCGAACCUCAAACUCUGCAGCACGUGGAACAGCUUGUCCUAGAACAACAAACAGCUGUUCAGAAACUCGACCGUCAAAGACCGUCAGUUAUGUCCAUGCUUCAAAGAGGCAAGGAACUCAUCAAGGAUGCUAACGCUCCUGCUUUCGUUCGGGAAGAUGUCAGGACUCUUGAGACUGGCUGGAACACAGCCUACGAGACAUCCAAUGAUCGUCUUCAUAAACUUAAGGACACACAAAAAGUUUGGUCUAAUUAUGAAUAUCAAAAGGAAGAACUACUGUCAGAUUUGGACAAAAUCGAGAAUUACGUGGCUCAUCCUGGCCUCGAACUUGGUGUGACGAAUAUCGGACGUGAACUCCAAGAAACUAAAGUAUUAAGUGUCGACUUGGAGAAAGCAAAGACAGAGAAGCUGCCUCAAUUACAGCAAGCUUACUCUGAACUUCGAUCACUCACGGCCAAUAAACCGAAACCAGUUAUCGAAAAGGAUCUAGAAAAAAUUGAAUGUAAAUUGGAAAAAGUACAAGACGAAGUACAAACCAAAGUGGUUCAUUUGGAGAAAGUUAAUCAGGAAUGGGUUAAAAUUGAACACAAACUAGAACAUGUUCGGGAAUGGAUCAAAAAGGAAAGUCCCGCAUUGAUAUCUGAAAUUCGUUCAGAAAACAUAACACCCGAAGAAAAAGUGGAAAAGUCUCAGGCAUUACAGAAAAUAAUUUCAGAAAAACUUGAAACGAUCAAAGGUGUCGCUGACGAAGGCCAAAGGCUGGCAGUCGAACAUCGCAUACAAGACGCCACAAGACUUAAAGGCGAAAUCUCUGUUUUAGAAAAGAUGAUGGCUGAUCUACAAAGAUCUACAGAACAUCAAACGAAAGUAGUCGAACAUGACUUAGCCAGCUGGCAGAGAUAUCAGAAGGGCGUAGUAGAAAUCAAACCAUGGAUCGAAGAAGCUGAAAUUAAACUGGGUAACGUACCUAAACCUAGCACUUUACCCGAAGCUCAGCAAUUGCAACAGCAAUCCAGAGCACUAAUCUCGGAUUGUGACAAGCAACUGACUAAUUUGCAAAUUCUAUCCAGUGUCAGUCACCAAUUAUCAGGAAAGACAAGUGCACCAGAUGAAGUUGACGCAAUUCAUUCUCGUUGGGCCGUUGUCCAUGAUCUUGCUGAUCAAUGGCAUAACAAGCUUGAUAAACUCGUUACCAACUGGGAGAAUUUCGAACGCGAAGCUCAAAAAUUAGAAACUUGGAUUGAAAACGGUGAAAAACUUCUAAGCAGUCGAAGCGUGUCGAUCGACACUCCACAAGUGGAAAAACUUGAUCGGGAAUUAAAUAAGCUAAAGUCAUUUGGUAAUGAGAUUUCUCAGCAACAAGCUAAAAUUAUCAGUCUUUCUCAAACUUGCGAUAACAUCUGUCACAAUAUUCAGCCUGAAGGCGCCACUGUUUUGAAAAACAAAGUGGCCGAUAUCAAACAACGUACAAACAACAUAGCAGAAACUGUCAGGACUAAAGUAAAUGAGCUAUCAGACAAAAUCAUUAUCCGACAGGAAUUCAUGACCAAACUUCAUAGCUUUGAUAAUUGGAUUACUGAUUUUCGAAGGAAAACAGAAAGCUACGAUCAGAUCGGCGCUGAUAAAGUGGAACCCACUCUGCAGUCCAUGCACGUUCUUUUGCAAGAACACGCUGCCAAGGAGCCAGAGUUCAAUGAAAUUUACAAUGAAAUCAAGAAUAUGACUCUUGCAUCUCAUCCAGAUGAAUCGAGGUCACUAAGUGAGACAUACUCGAACAUUGCACAACACUAUCAAAUAAUUGAAAACAAUAUACAGCAGAACAAGGGCAUUUUACAAAAAUGGUCGGAACUUCUUAAUUGGUACGAUGACACUAAGCAACAAUUGGGCCAUGUCCAAUACCAAAUUGAAGGACCGAAGCUAGCAUCAGAGAAAUAUGAAGUUUUAAGACAAGAGCUCGUAAAUGUUAUUACGAAAAUUCCCGAAUGGAAGAGCAAUGUUGCUUUAUUAGACGGCCCAUCGAAAGUAAAAGUAACAGAUCAAAAUACAGGCAGAAUUAUGUCACCAACGAGCUUAGUUAAAGAAAUAGAGACGAAAGCCGAAGCACUAUUAAAUCAAGUUACAACAAAAAGAGAUUUAGUUCAAAAAGUUGGAGCACGUUGGGACAAAUUCAAUAUUCAGCAUAACGCACUUCAAGAAGUGUUACAUAAUGUUCAAUCCGUCCUUAGUGAAAUGGCACAAAAACUAAUGCCAUUGACCGAAGCAACUAUUCAAGAUAUGACAGAACAGUUAGACAAAGUUGAUUCUGAAUUAAAAGAAAAACAAUCAGUGAGAAAAGAACUAAGAGAAGAGGGCUUGCAUCUAAUGAGAGAGGACCAACCCAAUAUGGGUACUAUUCAAAAUGCUCUAGCUACAGCUGAUCACAAUUGGGAUCAAGUUGUAAAUGUAGUUCGAGACACUAAAAACAAGUACAUAUUGUUAUCAUCAACUUUGCAAGAAUUGAAAAACUUUACUGUCGCUUUUGACAGAGAAUUCAACAGAGCUGAGCAACUUUACAAUGAAUGUAAAGAUGCACCCAACGAUUAUGUUGAGACCGCACAAUCACUAGACAGAGCAAAGAAAUCUUACGAAAUCCUUAAGAGAUCUAAAGGUUUGCUAGAUCAAAUGGAAGUCAUUAAACAGUCGGUGCUUCAACAGGCCUCAAGUUUAGGUGGCUUUGAUACAACCCCGUUAGAAGAGGCAUUUACACACUCACAAAAUAAGUGGGAGAAAAUGAAUGAUGCUGCGAUUAAAAGGAUACAAGACCUUGAAUCUCAACUUUUGGUUUGGAGACAAAUUGAUGAUACCAAGAACCAAGUGGUCACAUGGUUAAGCGAAACUGGGCAAAAUUUGGCUAAUGCAUGUGAUAAUUUGGAAAUAAGAUUCGGCCAAAGCCAUCUUACAAAAUACAAGGAGGAACUACCUUUGUACCAAGGACUGAAGAAUAGCAUCAAAGCUAAAUGCGAACAAAUAACAAACUUGAACAAAAACAUUCCAGCAGGUCAAGUUAACUCUAUUAUUGAUUACCUAGACAACGAAUUCGUAGCAUUGCAGUCGCUAGCAGACAAUUUAGAAAGUGCUCUGUCUUCUCUGGAAAGUAAAGAAACAAAACUUAAAGAUAAAAUAAAACAAUUGUCUGAUAAAAUCAGUAAAGUUCGUGAUGAUAUCAUAAAAUGUGAUGAUAUGACUGGUGAUAAUGCGAAAAUAUUAGACAGGUUGAAAAAAUGUCAGAUUUGUAAAGGACAACUUCAAGAAUUGAAUGACGAAAUUGAUAAUCUAAGUCAAAAUGUGUCUGAACUAAACGACAAUUAUCCUGGCUUCUAUGAAUCAUUAGUACCAAAGGAAUUAAGUACGCUACAAAAAAGAUUUGAAAGCGUACUCGUACAUGCCAAUAAAACAGAAAUUACCUUACUGACGUUCUUACAAAAAUCAUUUACAGACAAGCUCGCUAUGUUCAACAGAAACCUAAAAAUUCUAGACGAUAAAACCAGGUGGUGUAUGCCUGAUGUCAGUAGCGAUAAAUAUAAUCUGGAAGUUAAAAAUGCUGCAUUAGCUGACGUCGAAAGUGGAAUUGCUGAAUGUAAAUCUAAAGUAAGUGAGCUUAAAGAAGCCAGUGACAUAUUAAAAAUAGUAGCGGAGCCUGCGUGUGCACAAGAAGCUGCUCAACAAACGGAAAAAGCCAAGAAAAAUCUCGAAGUCCUCUCCGCUAACUGCGAUGAAAUCAAAAACAGACUUAAGGAAAAUAUUGAAGCCUGGCAAGACUAUGAAAACCUAAUGGAAUCAGUUUCAGAAUGGUUAAAGGAAAAAGAAAACAAAAUGAGACUAGAAGCUGCAAAUCUCGUAGAAUUAAACGAAGUUGACAGUAAAAUUGCUGAAACAGAAAAAAUCAACACAGAAAUUAAAAACUACAGCAAGCAAAUAUCAAAGUUAACCGAAACCGGUGAUAAAAUACUUGCACGAAAUCCUGAUUCUCGAAUAUUACAAUACAUUAAUCACUUGGCUACAAGAUACCAAGCCAUAGCACGAUUCAUGGACAGUCAUCUCAACAGACUUAAAGAAUCUAAAGAUAAUAAGGAUAAGUAUAAUAAAUCAGUAACAGAUUUUAAAAACUGGCUUCAAGAUGCCAACGCUCGUAUAAAAGAUUUAGCAGUCAUGAGCAAACACGCAAAACCAACCUCUGCUGACUUACAACAAGUCAAGAAGUUAAGUGAAAAUAAGGAUGUCGGCCAAAAGUUGCUCAAUAGUGCUAUUGAGUCAGGUGAAGCUCUAUUCAGCGGCAUCACUCCUGAAGGACGUGAACAAAUCCGCAAUGAAUUAAGAACACUGAGAGAUUAUUUCGAAGAUUCCGUUGAUUCUCUGAACAAUGUCAUCAAAGAUAUUGAAACUACAAUAAACAAGAGAUCGUCGUUCGACGAUACAUUUAAUCAAGUUCAAAAAUGGAUAAGCGAAAAAGAAAAUGAGUUGGGAGAGUUUAAACUCUGUCCCACUCUGCCAGAAAAGAAGGCGCAACUUCAUUCUAAUAAAAUACUACAUCAAGAAGUGGAACUCCAUGAAUCUAUGUUAAUUCAGCUGACUGAGAAAUUGAAGCUGAUGCCAGACGAAGAAUCAGAAAAGAGUCUUAACAAGAUUGUUGAACGAUACAGAAACACGGCUAAAGAACUAGAAAAAAGAGUUUUAACAACACAAGGACAUGUCGCUGCUCACGAAAGAUAUGUACAAAUGUUUGAAGAUGUACGUGAUCGUCUUAAUCACAUUUUAGCCGAAAGCAGCAUGUUAAAUUAUGGGGUGGUCUCUCAAAAAGAAGAUGCAGAUGCUAAAAUUGCUGCCAUCGAGAAAGUGACAGCCAAAACUAAAGAUAUAGAAUCUGUAUUGGGAGGACUUAAGUCCCAAUUAGAUACAGUUUUAGAAACCACAAGCGUAAAUGGUCAUCCAGUUCUGAUCAAUGAAUAUGAACAACUAAAAACAACAUGGAAUCAAUUUUCUAAACAAUGCAAAGAGCAAAAUAAGAAAUUAAAGGAAACUCUAAAACAAUGGACUGAGAAUCAAAAGACACUGGAUGAGCUUGAAGAGUGGUUAAAGGUUAAAGAAAACCAAGUGAGAGAUCAAAGCCUCAAAAGUAAUCUGGAAGCUAAAGUUGCUCACCUACAGAAAGUCAAAGAAUUACAAGCAGAACUCGGAUCUAAAAGCGCUGAUUUUGCUGCUUUGACUGACACUAAACAAACUGUAGCAAAUGAAUCUGAUCUCACAAAUAAAACGUCAAAAUUGGCUACUAGAUAUCAUACUCUAAGCAAUCUCGUUAAUGAAAUAAUAUCGAAAUAUGAGGUAUUUGUAUCAGAACAUCAAGCUUUUGAAAAUGAAUAUAAUGGAAUGGAAUCUUGGCUCAAUAAUAUGCUAGGUGACCUCCAAGACUUAAACGAAAUAGUAGGGGACUAUGCAGUUCUACAAGAAAAACAAAAUAAGGCAAAAGAGCUUUAUGAAACACGUAAUAAGAAGACUCCUACUUUUGAAGAAUUCUUAAGCUUAGGAGAAAAACUUUACACUCAUACAAGUCCGGAUGGUAGAGAAGUGAUCCGCCAAAAGAUUCGCAAAAUAAGAACGCUGUGGGACAGCUUCGGUGACAGUUUCCAUGAGACCGUUAACAAGCUGGAUCAAUGUCUUCUUCAAUUUUCUGACUUUUCCUUAGCACAGGAACAGCUCACGAAAUGGUUGAAAGAUGUCGAACGUGCUAUGCAGCGUCACACUGAAUUGAAGGCCUCUUUAGAAGAAAAGAAAGCGCAAUUGCAGAAUCACAAAAUCAUGCAUCAAGAAAUAAUGACACAUCAACAGUUAGUCGAGUCUGUCUGUGAUAAAGCGCAACAGCUUGUUGAUCAGACACACGACGCUUCUUUGAACGUGUACUUGCAAUCUAUCAAACAACUGUUCCAAAACAUUGUGACUAAAUCGCAAAAUCUACAAGAUAACUUAGAAGAUUGCGUUAAAAGGCAUGAAGAUUUGGUACGUCUUAUACAGCAGUAUAAAGAAUGGCUGGGUUCACAAUCUGAGAAACUGAUUGACAUCGAAAAUGCGACUGGAGAAAAGCCUGAAAUAAUAAGGAAAUUGCAAACUGCUGUAGCAUUGAAGGAAAUAGAAAAAAUCGGUUCCAGCAAACUAGAUGACAUCCGAUCGGCAUUUUCAGCUGUGAGCAAAAGUACCUCUGAGGCUGGAAACACUGCCAUUAAAUCGGAAAUAGACAACCUACAUGACCAACUACGAAAUGCUGUACAAAGCAUUGGGUUAUCUGAACAAAAACUAAAGAACACAUUGGAAAUUUGGAAUAAAUUUGAUUCAUCAAUCGAAUCCAUUACUGAGUGGUUGAAGGAAAUGGAAACUAAAUGUCGAGAUCAAAGUCUCUGCUCAACAUUGCAGGAAAAGGAAGAACAAUUAAAACGAUACGUAGAUCUGCGCAAUGAGAUUAACAACAAGGAAAAAGAGAUGGAUGCAUUCGUUGACGAAUCACAUAGCUUAAUUCAAAUGAGUGGUGUUGAGCGCCUGAAGCCACUGGUCACGCAAGUUAGCAGCCGUUAUCAACAACUACACUUAAUUUCUAAAGAAAUCGUCACACAUUGGUCAGAGCUAGUUACCGAUCACAAGAAGUACGUUCAGUCACGUAACGAAUUCGAUGCUUGGCUUAAACCUUUAGAAGAACAACUUUCUCAAAUGGUUACGAAAGAAGACAAAAUGAGCAUAGAAAGCAAAGGCAAUAAGCUUCAAGUAUUCUUGUUGGAAAGAGAUAACGGUGAACACAAGAUAGGUGCUUUGACUACAGCAGGUGAUAAAGUACUACCCGAAACAGCAGCUAAUGGCAGGGAAAAUAUUCGUGGUGAAAUCAGGGCAUUACGUGAGAGAUGGGAUAAAUUUAACGAUGCUAUACAACAACAACAAAAAGAAUACGAAUCUCAAACGCUACAGUGGUCAAGCUACCAAGAUGUGCUUCAACAGACGCUUUCUUGGUUAGAUGAAAAAGAAAAGAUUGUUGACGCCGAAGAAAAAGCAAUCCUCAACUCAGCCCAAGAAAUCAAAUCAAAGCUACUCAAGAACAAAACUUUGCUUCAAGAAAUUGGAUCGCACAAACGAGUCAUUGAAACAGUCACAGAAAAAGCAAAAAGUGUGGCUGCUAGUUUGCAUUCGGGCAAAGCAGAAAGUGACGAAAUGACAAAAAUAAUUAAAUCAGUAUGGGACAGAUACAAUGCUUUAACAAACAGACUUACGGCUAUAAUCGAUAAGCACGAAGGAACCUUCGAAAUUUACCAGCAAUUUGUGGAUCAACAAAAGUCUCUGCAAGAAUACCAAAAGAAUUUAUGGGAUCGUUUGCAUCUCCUAUCUGAUUUCACAGGUAACAAAGCAGCUUUGCAGAGUAAAUUAUCUAAAAUUCAAGAACUUUUAGACGCUAUUCCAACCGGCAAUAACAAACUGAAGAUUCUGUCCGAUUUGAUUGAAAAUAAUAGUUCUAAGCUGUCACCGAGAGGCAAAGAAGGUAUGUCCCGCGAGCUCGGUCUUCUGAAGGCCGAUUUGGAAAAAUUCACUGCCACAGUACAUGAAGUAAGACGUGGUAUUGAAGACAAGAUUCAGCAGUGGAUUGAAUUUGACAGUGCCAACGAUCGUCUUCAACGUUGGCUGAGUGACACUGAAAUGACUUUGAAAACGUACACACCCAAAGCAACACUUGAAGAGAAAGUUGAUCAACUAAAUAAAUAUCAGGAUUUGUGUAAAGCGAUUGAAAUUCACGAAAACGAUUUGAGCCCUGUCAUUGUUUUGGGUGAAGCGUUGGAUCAAGCUAUAUUAGCUAAUCUAAAGAAGACCGAAAAUGACGUUGAUAAAUUGACGGAUGAGUUCAGUGACCUCAUUGAAAACUGCAAUGAUACAAGAAUUACGAUGAAUUUACAACAAAUGACGUCACGAUUCCAAUCCGUACAAUCGACCGCGAAGGAGCUGGUCAAGAAAUGUGAACAAGCCGUCAACGAUCACAACGCUUAUCAAGAAAAAUACAAUCAGUGUGUUGCUUGGUUGAAAGCCGCUCAACAAAAGUUCAACGAAUGCAAUGAAAACUUAUCUAAUACACCUGAAGGUAUUAGUGCUAAAAGGGAAAGCCUCAAUGAUUUGUUAAGUCAAAGAAGAAAUGCUACUCUCUUGGUUAACAAUACUUCUGAAUUAGGAGAGAAGCUAUACCCAUCAACUUCCCCUGAAGGUAAGGAAAUCAUCGAGCAACAACUGCAAGAGAUUCAACAAGCCAUUGAUAAUCUGUACGACAACAUUACAAAGGCCGAGAGGGACUUGGAUUCCGAAUUGAACAAAUGGUCAUCAUUCGAAGACAACUUGAAAGCGGUUAAACAAUGGUUGACUCUAGCCGAAAAGAAUUUGCCAAAAGAAAUUGAAUUGAAAGCAACGUUGGAUGAGAAACGAAAUCAACUGAAUGUUUAUAGAACGUUUUUGCAAGACGCCAUUGCUCACCAGCAAGAUAUAGCUGAUCUUGAAGCUCGCAUGCAAAACCUGCCUGAUGUUAGCAAAAAUAUAACCAAAGAAAUCAACCAGCUUAAACAGAGACAUGAGACUGUUCUAAAACGAGCUAAGUCUUUCGUUGAACAAUAUGAAGCAAUCGUCAACAACCACCAACAGUACACUAAAGCUGUCAAAGAUCUAGAAGAAUGGGUGGAGGCAACUCACAACACUGCCCAGCUGUGGGGUGACGUUAACUUAGAGCGCGUGGCUUUGAGCAGCAAUUGUGAAAAACUAAAAUCAUUACAAGUCAGCUUACCAGAAGAAAAGAGUCGUAUUGACAAGAUCCGAUCGUUGGGUGAAAAAGUACUUCCAGGUACAAUAACCAACGGCCAAGCGAAUAUUAGAAAUCAAGUAGACGCUUCUCAUCAAGAAUGGGAAGGACUUGUAUCUUUUAUCAACAAGACUAUCGAGGCGUUGGAAAAUAAGAUACAGCAAUGGAAUGAAUAUGAGAAUAUGAAAGACCAAUGUUUGACAUGGAUACGAAACACUGAUACGCAAAUUCACGCCGUAGAUUUGAAGGCAACUUUGCCUGAGAAACAAGAACAGUUCAAGAAAUUCCAAGAACUUCAAGGUGAAGUUAGAGCCAAGGAAUUAGAAAUUGACAAUAUCACUGAAAAAGCACAAAAUCUGUAUACCGGAGUAUUGGGACCACGUGGCUCUCAAAUAUCUGACUUAUCGGUGAAAUAUCAAACACUGUCACAGAAAGUAAAAGAUCUGACUAACAGAUGGCAGCAGUAUGUUAAGACACAUCAAGAAUUCUCGAGUAACGUAACCGAAUGCUCGCAGUGGAUAGAAGAAUUGAGAGACAAAUUAGACUUCUGUGCCGACUUAAGUUCAUGUUCUCAAGAUGACUUAGAAACCAAACUUGUCCUGAUUCAAAAUCUAUUACUAACGAAGGACGAAGGAUUUACUAAAGUACAGUCAUUGGUUGAGUUAGCACAGAAUGUAUUGGCUAAUACUGCCCCAGCCGGACAUGAAGCUAUCAACAAUUCUCUUGUUGCACUACAAGAACAAUGGUCUGCUUUACUCUCGAGAAUGAUUGAAACCAAAAACAUUCUAGAUGAUUCCGUAACGAAAUGGGCUGGAUUCUUGGAACAAAUACAACUUAUCGAAAAAAGCAACACCUGGCUUGAAAAUAUGCUAGCCGAAUUAACACCGUUUGAAUCUUCUAUGUCUGAUAAACGGGCACAACUAGAGAAACUUAAAGAAGUUGAAGAGAAAGCAAGAUGUGAUCGAAUAGAUGUCGAUACACUGAAAGCUAAAGCUGCUGAAAUGCUUGCCAGUGGACAGCAAAAUCAAGUCGCUUCUAAAGCUCAAGAAACAUUGAACAAAUUUGACAGUCUUUAUGAUAAGAUUAAAAAACUUUUAGCCGACCGUGAAGAGCAAUACAAAGAUCACAGGCUCUACAAAGAAGCUCAUGACGAAUUAAUACAGUGGUUAAGCAGAGCAAGGGAAAAGGUACCAUCAUUAAAAUCCAAACCACUUAGUGACAAGCUAGCGAUUGAAAACUCUGUAGCACCUCUUGAUGCUCUGAUUAACAAGCAAGCCCAAGGAGAGCUAUUACUCGAACACCUCCAGCAUACUGGAGAAGUUGUGCUCGCCAGUACAUCACCACAAGGACAAACUGUCAUCAAGAAUGAAAUGAAGGCCCUCAAAGAGAGCUUCGAUGAUCUCUUCAACGAAAUCAAAAAACAAAAAAGUCAACUCGAAGAGACAGUUAAUCAAUGGCGCGAAUACAAGGAUGAGUAUGAAAGAUUGUCAGACUGGCUAGCUCAAAAAGAAAUUCUUAUAAAGAACCACAAGCUAGCUCUGCUUGGUACAGCUAAAGAAAAGGGAGCGCAGGUAAAUGAAGUUCAAGAAAUAGUUCACCAAUUGAAUAAGGGUAAAGAAGACAUCGAAAAUUUCAACGCUUCAGCUUCUGGGUUGCUUGCUUCUCAUCUUGACACAUACGUUAAUAACCAAUUGAGGCACCUCAAUUCAAGGUAUCAAGUACUUGUUAAUAUGGCCAACGACGUCCUAAAGAAAGUGGAAACUAAUUACGAACAACACCAGAAUUAUGAUGAUAACUAUUCCAAGACUAAGAAGUGGAUUGAUGAUGCCUGGGAUAUCAUACGUAGUGGAAGCGAAGCAGGUAGCGACAGUAGCAAAGAGGCAUUGCAGAAACGACUCAAUAAAAUCGAAGACUUAUUGAAGCGCAGAGAAGAAGGUCAAAAUCUUGUACAUGCCACCGUGAACAGUGGGGAAAAAGUCCUUAGGAACACUAGAUCUGACGGCAAAGACAGAAUCAAUACAGAGAUCAAAGAACUACAAAACGAAUGGGAUCGCCUUGUCAAGAAGAUGACAACAGCUAAAGUACACCUUGAGACUUCUUUACUCCAAUGGGCCGAUUACAGUUCCAGUUAUUCACAAUUACAGCAAUGGAUCUCAGAUAGAGAAGCCAAACUACAAGAAGUGUGUGAACAAAAGGUCGCUAAAUCUAAAAAGGGACAAGAUCGUCUCGCCGGCUUGACAACGGGCCUUAGUUUAGGUGAAAGAAAAGCGACCCUCCGUCAAACAAACAAUAUUGUGCAAGAUAUAGUUUCGUUUGAGCCCAUGAUUCAGUCUGUAACUUCUAAGGCUUCGGAACUUAUGCAACAGGCUCCGGCGUCCGAGAUUACCAGCAAAUACGAAACGCUAUCGAAACAAGCUAAGGACUUGUACGAAAAACAAAGAGAGACAGUAGAACAGCACCAAGCGUUUAUAGAUGCUGGCUCAGACUUCGUCCAAUGGAUAAGGGCCGCUAAAGAAAGACUCAGUAAGUGUUCUGAAGCCACCGGAGACAAGGAGUCACUGAGCAGCAAGAUUUCACAGCUUAAAGUAUUGGAAAGCGAACUGCCCGAAGGCCAGGCUAAACUGCAGAAAGCACUAGAACAAGGGGAGAUAUCUUGCGGCUUAGCUGACGAUGAUGACCGAGAAGACAUCGAAGAGGAAGUGGCUCUUAUGCAAGAAGAGUACGAUACCUAUGUCGAACAACUAAACAACACGAAAGCACUGAUCGAAGGAGGUAUCGUGAAAUGGACAGAGUACGAGGAGCAGUAUAAGGAAGCCUUAGAUUGGUUGUCGAAGACUGAAAAACUAGUUCAAUCAUUCAACAAACUGCAGAAUAAUUUGGAACAGAAGAAGGUCGUCCUUGAAGAGUUCCAGGGACACUUACAAACACUGUUUGACUGGCAAGCCGAGCUGGAUAAGCUGAAUGUUCGAGCUCAAACACUAUUGGAAACCUGCGCUGACACGAGAAUCUCAAACGGGAUCACCCAGCUUACAACCAAAUACAAUGCAUUAUUGUCUUUAGCCAAGGAAGUCAUGAAGAGAUUGGAACUUCAUUAUCAGGAACAUCAACAACAUAACGCCCUGUACAGUGAAUGCCAAGAUUGGCUGGACAGAACACGCGACAAACUCAACCAAUGCGCCGAAAUACCGAACACACUCCAAGAAGUUAACAACAAAUUGAAUACCGUAAAACUCUUGCGCCAAUCUUUGGAGCAAGGCCAGAAUAAGUUGAGAUAUCUCCUAGAGUUAAAGGAGAAGGUAAUAAUGAACACGGAACAAGCAGGAGCAGCGAAGAUACAAGAAGACACCGAUAGUCUGAAAGUGGAAUUCGAUAAACUCAUCGCUGAUUUGCAAGAUGUGCGCAAUAAAUUGACAAGUAGAGCAGCGCAAUUUGAUGACAUUUCAAAGAUCCACAAGCUCUUAGUUGAAUGGUUGGAUGACAUCGACCAAAAGAUACAAUCCGACGACUCACUACUCAACGACCUGUCUGAGAAGAAAGCUAAGCUAGAGAAAUUCAGGACCUUCAGUAGAGACAUUGAAUCUCACAGUGAUCUGGUUAAGAAAAUAAACGAGAAACUUCAAGAGGACGCUUCGCUUAAAUCUAAAGACAUUGAGGAUACAUUGAAACGAUAUGAUGACAUUAAAAAAACAGUCAGCGAAAUGAUCGCGAAAUUGGAAGAUUACGUCAACUCUCACAUACAAUACAAGGAAUCUUACGACGACUUCUACGAUUGGAUCCGCAAUUGUAAGAUCGAAAUUCAACAAUGUUCCGACUCGCACGGCGAGAAGGAUUCCGUACAAAAGAAACUUAACAAAGUCAAGAAGAUCAUCGAAGCUUUACCUAAAGGAGAAGCAUUAUUGCAAAAAGCGAUUAAGCUUAGCGAGGCAGUUCUUGAAACGACUGGUAACGAAGGCAAGGACAGCAUUAAUCAAGAGAUUAAACAACUGAAGAUCGAAUGGGAAAACCUGCAACAGAUUUGCAAGGACACCAAGAAGCUACUUGAAAAGUGUUUGUCCGCUUGGUCUGAUUAUUUGGAGACGUCGGAGAAGAUGAGCAAGUGGGUAAAAGAGUUUGAUGGGAAGCUGAAGACUGUUGAAAAAGUGGAUAAGAUCACACCUGAACAUCUGGAGAAAUGUCGGGAAUUACUUUCCGAGGCACUUGGCCAUAAGCACGUUCUAGAAGAACUUAACGACAGAUGUGAAAAUUUGAUGGAACAAAGUGCUUGUGCUUGGGUUCGAGACAAAACAGUGAACCUUCAAACCGAAUACACUACUCUACUCACCAAAAUUCAAGGUCUCGUUUCGAAUGGAGAGAAAAACCUUUCUGAUCACACGGAAUUUAUCAAAGCAAAGGAAGAUCUACAGAAAUGGCUGGAGACAGCUCAUGGAACUGUUCAUGAUUCAAUUGGAGUUGGUGAUAUCGAAACCACGAAAGACAAACUUGAGACUGUCAAGCUUGUUAAUAACAGAAUGACUGAAGGCCAUCAUCUGCUAGUUGUCUUACAAGAAGCUUUCAAGAAAGCCCUUAACAACACCCCUCCAGAAGAACAAGAUGGUCUGCGAGACGACGUCAAAAUUCUCCAAGAGAGCUGGGAUCAAUUAAAAAUUGACCUCAACUCUAUUACAGCACAGCUCAAAGCUGCUAUCGGUAAAUGGGAAGAUUUCGAAGAAAGUAAAAAUAAAAUUAAUAACUGGAUUAAAGACACCGAGCAGAAUUUGGACAAAGUACCUCCCACUGGCGGUGAAUUAGGUGAAAUGAAGACUUUGCUAGAGAAAUACAAACACAUUGAAGAAGAGAUCGAUAAUAAAAAACCAGAAUUACAAAGGCUUAAAGACGAGGCCGCUGAACUCAGUGGCUGGGCCAAGAAGCCUGCCGUUAAAGACUCUGUAACAGAAAUCGAGAAGAAAUGUGAAGCUCUACGAACUAAAUGCGCAGCAAAGAAAGCGGAGCUAGAGAAUGAAAUCAAAGACUACAACCAAUACCACCAGUCGCUGCAAGAUACCGAAAAAUGGCUGUUACAAAUCUCUUUCCAACUUAUGGCCCACAAUUCUUUAUACAUUGCUAACAGAGAACAAACGGAGGAACAGCUGGCCCAGCACGCCGUGUUACUAGAUGAUAUCCAAAAGUACAGGUCGACCCUUGAUGAGCUGGAAGGCAAGGGUCGCGCUCAGAUCGAGCGUUAUGAAGCUACUACUCCGGCUAUUCGUGACACAGUUGGAAAACAACUAAAGAAUGUUAACGACAGCCACAAGUCCUUACUCGCCACAGCGCUACAGAUCGAGAGGCGUCUCAGGGAAGGAUUGGCGAAAUUCAAGGAAUAUGAGGACACAUUGGAGAGCAUUUUGAACAAUUUGGACGAAUGCGAACCGGCCAUUACGGAGUUGGACGUGCCCGUUGAUGGACUAUCUCACGGAAGGGAUUUGCUUGACAAAGCCAGGACUCUCCACAAUCGUCUCCAAACCGAGAAGAGUCGUCUAUCCGCAGCGGUGGCAGCAUGCUCUGCUGCAGCCGCCUCCGUGUCCCGACCCUCGUCUCCGGCCGAUACCGCACCGCUGCCCAUUCCUCCAAGAGAGCUCCACGUAAGAGCUCGUCUGGAGGAUCUCAUUGACCAGGUCCAAAGCCACCUGGAGACUCUUGGAGACGCAGUUCACGGCAUGGAAGAAGCCAUGAAACAGGUCCUUGAAAUCCAAGAAUGGAUUAACAUUCACAACGCCCUCGCCCGUGAUUGGCUCGCCAAUCCCUCCAAAUUGAGGCCCGAAGCAGCCAAACAAGACAUGGCGGCAAUGAGUGACGCCCUAGUGUCACUUGGCGAGAAGAGAAACAGAUUGCUCACCGAAAUUCCUACUGAGGGUCUUGAAGAUGAAAUCAAUUUGGAAGAGGAGCUUGACGAUCUGGAAGAAGCUAUAGGUAAAGCUAUUGAGCGCGAAAAGGCGAACCAAGGCACCAUCGACGAUUUCCGUCACAAGUGUCAAGAGAUCCACGACUGGUUUGAUUCGGUUCUGAAGAAGAUGUGCCUGGCCGACAAAGGAUCUGGUCUGCCUUGUCCUCAGAAACUAGUUGCUCUAAACGAGCUGUCAUCAGAGUUCGGACAAGCCGGAAAAGAGAAAGUGGAUAAUAUAAAGGUUGUCGGAACUCUUGUCAUCAACAUCGUCAGCAAUCUGGAGUCACAGCAAGUUGAGGAACAAAUGAAGUCUGUAGAACGUCGCUACAACGACAUCGCUAAACGCAUUCAACGUAAGCUUCAAAUGCUGGAAAUUACUCACAAAGCCAUCGACGGCACAAAGAAAGAAGUUGCCGCGCAAAACGAAUGGCUCCAAAAAGAGAUUGAUAAUCUUCUUCACCCAGAGCCUUUGGGUUACGAGAGCAAGUCCGUUAAAGAAAGACAGAAGAAGGUUGCCAAUUUGUUGAAGGAGACAGACGGUAAGAAAACCGUGAUCGACUCUCUGGAAAAGAAAGUUAGCAACAUUCAAGCUGAACUAGAACCAUCAGAACAGAUGCAGCUAGAAUCUGAACUUUCUGAGCUCUCCUCUAAACAGAAACAGUUGGCUACCUUAAUCAAACAAGAAAUCGAAAGAUUAGGAACAUGUGGCGAAGACAGAAAGAAACUCGAAAAUGAUAUAGAGAAAGCCAAGAAUUGGUUGAAAUCCAAACUUGCGGAAAUCAAGAAACUUGGUGGACCAGUUCCACUAGAGGCUGCUAAAGUUGAAAAGGAAAUUGCAGUUCACAAAAAACAUCAAGCGGAACUGUCUGACUUCCACAAUGAUACUUUGACCGAAGUUAUGCGACAAGGGAACGCUGUAUCUAAAGAUUGUUCACCUGAAGACCGCGCAAAACUGCAGGCUAUUUUGGAAGACUUGAACAAAUCUUACACUUCAGCUAAAGUAGACAUUGAUGACAAACUUGGAGCCCUUACUAAAUUGCUUCAAGGUAGAAAUGAGUUUGAAUCCGAAGUGGCUAAAUGCCAAAGCUGGCUGAAUGAGGCAGAAGUUGCUGCUACGCCCGAAUUAAGAACAUCAAACCUACAACUUCUAGAAGAACAACUGGCUAAAUUUGAAAAACUCAGCAAAGAGGCCGAAGAUAUCGAAAAGGUUAUUAACAAAAUUAAGCACAAAUCGAAAGACAUCUCUGAAUCUUUAUCUGAUUCAAACAAAUUGCAACUUAAAGAGCAGAUUAACGUUCUCUCAGACAAGUUCGCCAGGAUCAAAGCCAUCAUAAACGACAAAAAGAAUAUUCUUCACAAACAUAUCAAGGAAUACAAAGACGCGGCUGCUAAGGUAGCUGCGGCUUUAGAAUUCUUAAGCGAAAUUCAGAACAAACUUAAGGCUUUGAACAAACCUAUUGGCAGCAAAGUAGAAGAUGUGCUACCAAUAAUACAGGCAUAUGAGUCUAUCUUAGCGGACCUCAAGAAAAACAAAUCAAUGCUCAACGAAUUGCAAGGUGGCAACCUCCAUGACCUCCAAGAUAUUCUCAGCAAACAAGAUGAACUGAUGAGCACGAUUGAAGAUCAAAUCUCUAAGCUCAAACAACUCAUGUUAUUGCGCGAACAAUUCUUCGCUUUGGUUAAAGAAAUAGAAGAAUUCAUAUCCAAGUACACGGACUUUACCUCAGAUAUUGAAAAAUCUAAUGACUCUUUGGAAGAUAAGAUCAAACGCUAUGAUGAUAUCAUUGUCAAAAUUCAAGGCUGUGAAGCGCUUCUGGCAACAGCCACGGAUAAAGGCCAGCAAAUUGCCGCUGAAGGCACCGUUAUCGACAGAAAUAACAUCACAGAACUUCUUCAAUCGCUUAAACAACAAUUGCUGACAUUAAGGAGGACUGUUGAGUCGAAGAGACAAGAGCACGAGCGAGCUGCUGCGGAACACAAGAAACUGGCUUCCGAUCUGUCCGAGAUUCUUCAAUGGCUCCAUGAAAACGAGGCAGCUGUGCACUCCCGUCCGCUACUCAAUCGAGACGUUGCAAGCGUCGAUAAGAAGUUGAUUGAGCAUUCUACACUUGUGAAAAACAUUCAGUCCAAUCUGGAGAAGUUCUCUAAAAUCGCGGAUUCCGUUAAGAACGACGACGGAAUACCUGGUGCACUCCUCGAAAUGAUUUCAGAAGGAAACUCCUUGAAGUCAUCUUUGCCUGCAGAACUUACUAACCGAGAGAAAUACCUGCAAGACAACAAGAAGUAUCGACAACGGUACUUGAAACUGGUAGAAAAGUUGAACAUCUGGGUCAAUGAGGCUAACAUACGCUUGAACAUGGGCAAGAACGGAACAGACUUUGAGAACAUUGAAGCUGACUUGGAAGAACAUAAGUCAUUCUUCAAUUCCUCUGAGCCCGAGAUGAAGGAUUUGGUCGGAAAGCGAAUGCAGGACAUCGUGGACAAGAUAUGGGCAUCGCUGGCGGCGUCUGAACAAGAAGAGCUGUCUAAAGACCAUCAGAAGCAUAACCAACUCCUAAAGAAUACUCUAAACUCCGCGAAAUCGCGUCAAGCCCAGUUAGAGCAAGACCUGGACAUUUGGAAAGACUUCUGCCAGCUAAUGGACAAGAUAAAAGCGAUCUUGGAGAAGAACAACAUCAAAGAUGAAGCUAUCACUACGGUUGACGCGCUCAGACUCCACCUCGAAAAGCUGAAUCACGCCAAAAACGACUUAGAGAAUCAACAGCCGCUCCUGGACGUGAUCCGGGAGCGAGCUCGGGAGCUCUGCUCGGGUGCUGACGCAGCCAGCGGAGAGAGAGUCGAACAGAGAACCAGAGAACUGGCCGAUACUUGGAACAUAGCUUGUGAAGGUUUGGCCAAACGUGCCGCCACUGCCGACCAACAGUUACAACGUUGGACCCAACUUUUGGACGUCCAGAGGAGUCUGGGAGCGGCCAUCACGGCUGCUUCAGAUCGCCUCAAACAAUUGGAUACUAACCCUAGCACCAGAAGGCGUGCAUUGGACACCAGACAUGCACUUCAGGAACUUCAAAGCGAUGUCGCAAGUCUGGAAGACAGCCGCGAUGAACUGCUGGAACACGCCGACUUUGUCGUGUCUCUGCUCAGGGGCCACUCGAAGGAAGCCGCCGAUGACACCGAGAAGAACGUGAAAGACCUCGUCGAGGCUUAUGAGAGAUUGCGACAAACUCUAGCGGCGCGGCUCGCGGACAUAGAGGAUAUUGUUUCUGAAUUCGACCGCGUGUCUGAGAGGAUCGACGAGCUCCGACAGCAAAUAGAGGUCUCCAUCGCUAAAGUCAGAACUUUAUACGUGUUCGGCGAAGACGAAGAGGACAACGUGAAGACUUUGACGGCAGAAGUCUCCGAGCUAGUGGAGCGUACCAAAACCUUCACGGAAGAGAGCAGAAAACGUUACGGGGGAUCCGCUCCGGCAGACGUUGCCCAAGAAUUGUCCGCUUUGGAAUUAGCGUCUGAAGCUCUCGCCGCAGCGAUGGAAGAAAAGGAAAGGGAAUGGAAACGGGCCCGAACUACUCGCACGGAAUACUUGGCUGAUGUCGAGGAUGUGCAGGCCUGGAUCCGUAAGGCGGAACUGACAGCGCGAGAUCGCACUCUGCCACCGGAGCCGUACAGAGAACGCCUGGUGGCCACCAGGUCCGAGGUGCCAAACAUUGCCGAUCGCGUCGAGCGUUUGACACGCAACGCUCGCGCCAUCGUGGAAGGAAGCCGUGAUGCAAGCGAGAGACAACUAGUCCAAUCCACAGUCACGGCUCUCUCGGACCAGUUCGCGUCGGUGUGCAGCGAGCUCGAGGCUCGGCAAGCAGCUGUCGAGGAUGCGUGUGAUGCAGUAGCUAGAUUCCUAGCAUUGUUGGAGAAAGUUCUCCUCUGGGUCGAAACACAACGUGCUUUCCUUGCGCGGCCUCUCCCAUUGGCCGACUUGCAGGAGACGCUACAGAAACAGACUGAAUAUGGGAACGCGCUUAAGAGUUGUAAGCAACAAGCGAAAAAUUUAGCAGACAUGGCAAAAGAAAUAGAGGCAAUCGAACGCGUCACGAGUCCAGGAGACUUACCGUCUAGACUGGAAACCGCGGAGAACGCCACCGUAGAUGUUGAAAAGAAAUUAGCGAAGACGAACGGUUUAUUACAAGAAUUAGCAGAAGAGUGGGAGCGGUGCGAGAGGAAACUGAAGGAUGUCGGUCAUUGGCUAGAAGCGACAACCAGGACUUUGGAGACGCCUCAAAAUGCCAAGAAACCGCUUCGAGACAGAUUGGCUCUCAGAGAGAAAAUCAUUAAUGACAUUUCCACUCAGAAGACAAAAAUAUCUUACGCUGUCGAAAAACUUAACGUUCACUUUGGUCCCGAUGGUGUUGCGGCGCAGUCCGUGGGCCCUGAAGGCGUGGAGGCCAACGCUCGUCAGUUAACGGAGGCGCUGGACGCGGCGGGUGCCAGUGUCGCGGGACAGGCGCGCCAGCUCGCGGCCGCUCUGGCGCAGGUCGAGGCGUACUGCCUGGACGUGGCGGCGCUCCGUGCCCAGCUGUUGCAGGCGGAGCAGCAGCUGCGGCACGCCGCGCAGCCCAACUACAGCCCACACGAUCCGGAUCGGGCGCACAAACAGCAACAGGAUAUCUGCCGGCGUAUCGAUGAGCUGAGCGGGGCGAUCUACACCCUGGACCCGUACUUCACGAUGCCGGUCAGCGAAGAAGUUGAGGAGCGUGCCGCCACUCUAAGCAUGCUGGCGUCUAGCGGGCAGAGCGCCCGCGCGCGUCGUGCCCGCUCUCCUGACCGUCGAGACCGCACACUGGCCCCGCCCCCGCGUCCCUUACGACCCCGCAGCCCCGCCUGGGCCCCUGGUGGACUUAGCUACGCCGAGAUCGUGCGUGGCUCCAGCUCGAGAUCUAGUUCGACGGGUUCAAGGCAGCCCAGUACUCAAAGAAUACGAUAUGAUCAUGUCGAACAUGUGGACGUACAGAGAUGCCCGCCUUCCCCACCAGAUUACAAUGAUCCCGAAGUUGAAGUUAUAGUGGACCACUCGUGUGUGCGCAAUGAGUCCGAAAGUGGCGACCCAAUAAAAAGUGCAGUUUAUAGUGCGAGUGAAUCUCUAGAAAGUGCUAUCGGAUAUCACGUUGAAAAAUAUGAAGAUCGUGAAAUACAUAGUGAUCGAGAGUAUUAUCCAGAAACUGUGGUCGAUACACCAGUUCCCAUUCAGAGAGAUUCAAUUCCUGAAGUACAGGAAGACCAGUCUAUUGAGACUAAGCACGAAGAUUCUCAAAUCAGAUACGAAAAUAUUGAACUAAGUUCUCCAAAGCAUCGUACUGAAUUAUCAUAUGCGGAAAUUUUGGCUUUAGGACUACCCAGACAAAUUAAGACACAAAGUGUCGUUAAUAUGCCGAAACCACAAGUAGCUCAGAUUGAGUUAAUAAAAGAAAUAGUGGUUGAAUGUCAUGAAAAACCUAAGUUUAAUGUGCCAGCUGAACAAAAAACUGAGCGCAUCGACACGCGUCAAAGAACAGAUAGACUUAGUAGUACAGAGAGACCGGCAUCACGAAGUCGUUCUAGAGAUAUGCCUCGGCAAAGGCGUGCACCUGAAAAACGGCCUACUAAGGUGCAUGACAUUCAAGCAAUGAAAAAGAAAAAGACCAUUAAAAAAGUUAUCGAAGUCCAAGAAUUCGACGAUGUAGUGGAACCUCCUACCGAUGACUUGGUUCAAGGGAAUGAGGCAAUUAAAUCGGAAAUUAUACAAAAAGAUUUUGAUAGCAAAAUUGAAGAAUUAAAUCCGAAACAAGGCUCUGAUUCCGAGCCAGUUGAAACUUUAGAAGCGGGACUUAAAACUGAUGAUUCUGAAACACUAGAAGUUCCGGAAGAAUCUCAACUAAAAAAAUCUAAAAAGAAACAGAAAUCUAAGAAAACGAAACAUGUAGCGGAUGAAAUACAGAAAGCUCUUAAAGAACUAGAGGAAAGCAACAGAAAAAAGAAAAAACCAAAGGAAACAGACAGUAAUAACUUAACUACUGAUGUUACGUCAGUAAAAACAACAACUGAUAUCGAUAAAGAAGAAGUAAUAUUUUCUGAAGUAGAAACAGGGAAAAAACAACCGAAAAAAAAGAAUAAUAAAGAUAAUCCGAGUGAUACAAAGCAUAAAACAAAUAAAGAUAAGCGGGAUCAUGUUAAAGAAGAAAUUAUUUAUGCUGUUGUCAAUGAGCCCGAAAAAACAUCCGAAGUUAUUGAAAAAGAACUAUUUGAAAUUAUUAGAAGUGAUAAUGUUUGUAUCCAGGAACAAGAAAGGGAAGAAAAAGAUAAUAUUGAACUCAAAGAACCAGUCAAAAAAUCCUCGAAAAAGCACAAAAAAUCUAAACUUAAAAUUGAAGAUACAAACACCACACAGACAUCUUCUGAGUUUUUAAAGACUGUGUGCAUACCGGAAAGAGAACCCGAUAAAACGCUUGAAACGAAAAUUACUUUGGUUAAAAACGACAUUCUGACACGUGACAGCAGCUUAGGUGAAAACCUAACUGACAAAGAUAUAGCAGGAGAUUCCAAAGAUAUACAAUCAAGCGUAAGCACAGAUUCUUUGCAACAAAACGCUGAAUCUGUUGAUGUUGAUAUCAAAGAUGUCGAAGUCCAAGGAUCUGAGAAAGAUCUAACUUGGGAAAAUUUAGUUGACCCAAGAAUAACGAGCGACUCAACUAUUGAGGAACUUCCAAAGGUCGAUAAACUUAAUACCGAGACAUCAGGAAGCCGCAAGAAAAACAAGAAACACAAAAAACAAGUCACGUUAUUGGAAGAAAGCUUUCCGAAAAUGGAUGUAGAAAAUAAAAGCGAAAGUACUAAAUUAAUUUCAAUGGAGAUUAAAAAUCUAGAAAUUGAAUCUACAAAUAAGAAAACAAAGAUCAAAAAAGAAAGAGUCAAAAUCGGUGAAAAUCAGGAAAAACCUGCCGAUGUCACAACUGCAGUACAAGAACUCAAAGAAGAAAUUCAAGAGGCGCAAGAAGAACAUGUAAAGGCAGAAAUGGGCGCCGAGGAGUCUUUAAAAGUCUCUAAAAAGAAAUCUAAAUCUAAAAAAUCUAAAACAAAAGAUGAUGAAAUAGAUAAAGCUCUGAAGGAGAUAGAAAAUAGUGAAUCUAGUAAAAAGUCUAAAGAUAAAGCAUCUAAAAGCAAGAGCAAGUCAAAAUCUGUAACAAAUGUUAAAGACGAAAUUAAAGAAAUCAAACUAGAAACAGAUAGCACUGCUAACAGUGAAAGCUCACCUAUAAAAGUCGUUGACUGGAAUACGUUGCUAGCAGAUGAAGAAGAUCUUUCCGAAUUUUCUCGCGUUGAAACAAUAAAAAAAUCGCAAUCUGAAUUAGUUGUUGACGAUCAAAAACAAGUUGCAAGCGAAGUAAUGAUUUUGGAGGAAACUUCUACCUUAUCACCAAAGUGCCAAGGUAUAACCGACAAAGAUAUAGAAUUAAUGCCUGUUGAAAAAGUAGAGAUAACUACAGAAAAUGUUGACAAAAAUAUGACUGAAGAUGUUGUAACAAUAUUAGGUAAACAGAUAAAUGAAAUCGGUAUUUCAAGUGUAGCUAAUGAGCAAAACAAUAAUGAUAAAUACUUUUCUUCGGAUGCUAAAAGACAAGAAUCGUUUAAUAUUGUCGAAGAAAUCACUUGCUAUAAACCAAUCGUUCAGGAUGUUGAAACACGUACUAUCUAUUUAAUAACGCACGAAGAAAAGAAAUUACCGCCUAUUCGAACGGUCAAAGUCUUUAGUAGCAAAAGUAAUUCUCUAGAAGAGCAACAGUCAAUUGAGGAAACUGAGGAAAAAGUAAUUGAACACAAAAUCACUGAUGAAAAGUCUUCCAAUAGUGAUAUAUCAAAAAACAAUGAAACUGUUUCAGAAAAUCUAUCGGAUGUUAUGAUUAAUAAUAAACAGAAUAUGGUAAUAGAGGAACCACGGAUUGAUGAAAAGAUAGAAGAGCUAAACCCAAACACGUCGGAAGCUACAAAUGUUUCCGAAGGAACCUUCUCAGAUAUUUUAGAAGAAGCAAUUUUUGGUUCCGUGCAGGACCGAAAUAAAAAUUCAAUUGAGAAAAAUAACAAAAAGCAAACGAAUAUUCCAUAUCAAGAAUUGAAAGAAGAGUUAAAGACUUAUUCUCUUGAACUUGAUACGCAUCAGUUGGACUAUGAGUACACUCAAAUGAAAAAAUAUGUUGAAUUCGAAACAAACCAAAAGCGAGCAACUACCACUGAAACUGAAUCAUGUCAUGUGGUUAUUCCUAGCAAAGAAUACGUUACUGUUCAGUCUGAAAACAAAGAUAUCAGUUCUAUAGUAGACUAUGAAGACAUUAGAGAUGCAGAAGUUAAUUUGACAUCUGACAAAACCAAGGAAAUAGAUAGCGAAAUCACUAAAGCAGAAACAAUAUCAGAAAAUAUCUUACCCAAAGAAGGUGAAGAUUUCUGUAAGACUAAUACUGUAACUACUAUUAGCAAGAUAAUUGAUGAAAUAACAGAUUACACUACUGAAUUUAUCCAUAAUGAAAGAGUUACUUCUGAAAAUAAUAAUGGAAAUAAGCAAAUUGAUACAACUGAGACUGUUUCUGAAACAAUAAUGGACGAUGAAAGUAAAUCUCUCUUGACUCCAGCAUCUUACAUAAAUAAAAAUUUAAUGAAUGACAUAUCCAGAUAUAGCUAUUCGGAAUUAGCUGAUGCUGAAUUACGGUUAAGCAUGAUAAAAAGUAAAAAAGAAACUGAAGAAAAAGAAUCUGUUGAACAAACAACACUAAGAACAAUAGCCACGGAAAUAGAUUUCAGUGGCGAAGAUAAUAAUGCACAAAUUGUUAAAGAACAGUUCGGAUCUGAGGUGGGCAUUGAAAUCGCUAAAGAUGAAAAUCAAAACAACUCGGGACCAACUACCGACACAACAAAUAAUAUAUUCAUUAAUGAUUACCACGAGCUAUCCGAUGCCGAAAGUAUUUUAGCUACUAAUUUGAAACUGAAAACUGUAAACUCUGGGCCUGAUCAAAUUAUUGUCCAAGACUUAUCUAACAAGGAAGGAAUUCCUACUGCAAAAACACCCAAAGAGGUUUACCUUUUAACUGAAGUACCCAGGCAAAGUUAUCAAGAUAUUACUGAUGCUGAGGUACUUUUAGCCAAUUUUGUGGAAGGUUCGCGUGGCCGCGAUACAUUAUCGAUUAAUCCAGAGUUCAAAACUGAGAUACAAUCCCCACAAGAUGCUGACCUCACUGAAUCGUUAUUAGAGGAAAUCGUUUCUGAAACAAAACACGUUGAAAAUUCAUCAACCACCGAAACUCUUCAAGAAGUAUCAACGUUUAUCGAUAACGAGAAGGAAAAUAUAGCAGAGAAAGUAAUUCAGCCUGAAAUUGAAAAUACUACAAUUACUGAUAGUAGUGAAACCCGUCAGUCAGAGGCAGAAUGCAUCUUUGAUGUAACAAGAUUUAUUCGUCAUGAAUUAAAUGAUGCUGAAUGCUUGUAUGCUAUUUCGCGUACUUCCACCGGAAUGCAAAUGUCAGGUACAGAUAACAAAGAAGCCGAUAAAGUCACGGAAGCGACAGAUUCUUUAGAAAAAGAAUCACAAAUAGAUGUAACGAAUCAAAUACAGAUAGACGAAGAAACCGCAAAAACUGAGGAUAAAACUGAGAAUAUUUCAUCAGUAUUCGAACCAUUGCGUUUUAGUUAUCACGAAUUACGUGACGCUGAAUAUAUUUUUGCAUCGAGGGCUUUACGUGAACCGGUAAACUCUUUAGUAUUGGUUGAUAACCACAACAAUGCCAAUAUGGAGGAACAAAAUCUUGAAAAAUGCACGGAACUGCAGAACAGCUUAAGCGAGGAUGUCAGCUUUUUAGGACCCGAAGAUCUCCAUAUUCAAAGUCUCAGUAAAACUGAAACCGAAACUCAAGGAAGCGUUCAAGCGAUUACUGCUGAAUUUAUAAAGAACGAACACAAUACGUUCGAGAGCUUACCUCAAGACACAGAAACUUGCCAACCAAUAAAUAAACCCAAAUCCGUUGGCUUGGAAAAGAUUGAGUUUUCCUUUGAGGUAGAUGAUCUAACUAAUACACCAGUAAGUGUUGUUUACGCCAUUGAUAAGCAAGAUGUAGAAAAAGAUGAUCUAGUAAAUGCGUCUAAAAAUGUAGUUGACGAUGAUAUUGAAAAAUCAUUUGAAAUAGUUGAUAGCAGCGAAAUAGUUGACCCACUUGAUGAAUCAAAGGAUGAAGACGUACGUAACGUCAAUGUACUGAAUGUUGAAAGCACACCCAUUCCACAAACCACCACAGCAAUUGAACUUGCUCAAACAUCUGGUGAACCAUCGUUAGAUGAUACUUUUGAAAUCGUAAACAUCACUGACGAAGAAGUUCAGAAAGAUCUGGCUACUACUAUACCAACUAAAGAUGCUUCUCUAAUAAAUAAUGACAAUACACAAGAUUUUGUGAGAGUAGAAACAAAUAAUACUGUAGAAAAAAGUAUUUCUGACAUUACCAAAACUUCUGAAAUUAUAAAAGACGAGUCGGAAGAAAAUAUCGUGGAAGAAGACAGUGUUGUAACUAUUCCACCAACGGUAGUUGUUACGGAUAAAGAAAACGUGCAACAUUUUGAAAUCGUAAAUACAAAUAAUACAAUUAUAGAAAUAAGUUCUGACAGAACUAAAACUUCCAAAGAAUUCCCAAUAACUGACACUAAAAAUGAGUCUCUUGUGUCUUUAGUUUUCGGUGAUAUUAAAACUCUAGAAGAAUCAAUCAAAAAAUCGUUAGAAAUAAACGAUUUUGAAAAACAGACAACAAACGUUCAAUGCUCGGAAUCUGAAAUAAACCAAGAAGAGCUGCUAGACACUGUAGUCGUAGCACCUGAAAUUGUAGAUGAAGAUCAAAAUUAUUCAUUGAUUGAAAGUAAAGAAUGGAGUAAACCCGAAAAAACAAUAAAAGAUGAAACUGAAUCAUUGAUUCAAGCCGAAAUAUUAACAUCUGUAAAUCUAAAUAAGGAACAAGAAGUUACAUUGACGGAAAUACUUGCUUCACCUGAAAAAACUACUGUAAAAGAAAUCGUGACUCAAACAGACACUGAUGUAACGAAAAUAGCUGAGAUUUUAAAUGAAGAAGAACAAUUAUUGUUAUUCGAAACUAAAACUUCAGAGUUAUAUGAUAAGGAAUCGAACAACAAUCCACUUGUGUCCACGGGAUCCGGCAUCUCUUACCCGCUUGAGCCUGGCACUAUCUCGGCAGAUUCUAGUCAAACUGAAAUUUCUGAUUCACCCGUUGUCUUAUGUCCUGAAUCAAAUACCAGUGUUUUACAUGAAAGUACGGUUGUUAAAAAUGACGUCACAAGUACGGAAAAAAGCGUAGUACAAAAUAUCCCCGUAACUGAAUUACCUAUUAUUGAGCAAAAUUUGAAAUCAAAUGAAGUUGCGAACCAAACCGAUUUAACUCAAUUCGAUAGUCCGAGCCAUGUAGAGAAAUCCCCGAUACACAGCCUGCAUGAUCUCUUACCUGAAAUUGAUUCAAUUCCUGAAUUUAGACCUUCCUUCCCAAAAUCUGUUUUACACUCAAAACUUUCGGCGGAUGCCCCUGAAUUUACUCCUUCCUAUUUGUAUCAAAAUCCUGUAAAUGAGUCUGACAGUGAUGUUACUGAUUUCGUGUCUAGUGUAUCAGAGGACAGUAAAAAACCAAAUGAAACGAACGAGCCGAAUGAAGAUAUUUUAGAGGUUAUAAUGGAAACUACAUCAACACCUACAAUCUCGCAAUUUUCUUACUCAUCGAUUUUGCAAUCAAAAGCCGAAAAACAGACGACGUCGCAAUCGCAACCAGAUGUUGUAGAUAUCUCGGAACAAAAAGAGCCACAUGAUCAAUCGGAGCAUGAAAAAGAAGAGAACCUUGAGACCAAGCAUAAACGUAACAAGAAAAAGAAAAAGAAGGAUGAGAAAAAACACGUAUCUCAAAGCAUUCGACCUGAACCAAUUUCACUCAUUUCCGAUACCAAAGAAAUUUCUUUUGAACCAAUAAACGUCUGGGCUAAAGCAGCAGAAGAAGGGAAGUCAUAUGCCAAAGUUGUUGCUGAACAUAUUGCUAACAAUGAACUGGAUAAAGAGACGACAAAGAAAGAAAUCCAUAAACCACACGAAGUAGUUAAAGAUGCACUGGAAACCAACAAAGGAAUCGAUGUAGUACCUGUACCAGACACAAUUCGAAUAACAGAACCAGCGGUGGAAACUGCACAGGAUACUGAAAAUAGUGUGGGUACUUGGGCUAAAAUUGUAGCUUCUAAACGAGUAUCUCCAGAAAAGACAAUAAAAAUAGAAUUUCAACAAUCAGAACAAACCCCAGUUUCGUCGAAAGCUCCAGUCAUAUUUGUUGACGAAUCGGAUUCUGAUAAUAAAAAAAUAGACAAAGAAGUUGACGCUGAAGGCUUUAUAACGGUCGAAAGAAGCAGAAGAUCAAGGUCAAGGUCCAGAGACAAUCGCUUGAGAUCAUCAUCCAAUAUUUCUCAGAACCGUGAAGCUCGUGAAAAAUCUGAAAAUAGAUUUGAAGCACUGACGACUACAUUAAAAGUUGAAGAGGUGGAACCAAUUGUUGUUCCUGAAUCUGAAGACGAAAAACAAGUCUCAAAGAAACAAAGAAAAAGUCGCGCUUCCAAAUCGAAAGAAAAAGAAGUGAAACCUCAAUCUAUUGCAGAACCUACUCCAGUUGCUGAAGAAGAUUCUAAGCAACACAAAAAGAAAAAUAAACACAAACGCUCGUCGAAAUCUAAGGACGAAAUCGUAAGCAGCGUUGAACUAACUAAGCAAGAACCUGAAAUAGAGGAAGUAAAAGUAGAAGAAACAAUGGUAAGAUCUGAGGUGUCUUCAACAUUGGCUGAACCUAUCGAAGAGCCUGAGACGAAAAAGAAGAAUAAAAAGAAGAAAAAGGAUAAAAAGGCUGAACAGCCUAAGGCCAUUGCAACAACUUCUGAAGUAACAAUAUCUUCUGAACAAGAAAUAGAGACGACAAAUAGCACAUCUGAAUCAAUUUCAGGCCCAACUAAGUUAGAAUCUUCUGAGCAAGGCCUAGAGCAGCCAACAAUAGAGAAUCAAGGAGGGUCAAAGGAAAAAAGGAAACUCGAAUCUGAUGUACCACAGAAGCUUCCAAAAAUAGAAUUGGAAUCAAUAUCUAAAGUUGCACCAUGGGCUGAAAGAGAACCGAUUUUGGAAGAUAGUUUUGAACUCGAAUCUAAUAGUACACCACAUCCAGAGCAAAAGCCAUUAUCAGUCGAAGAAUGCAAAAUAAUUACAGUAGAGCAGCAAAUUCAAUAUGAUCCGAAAAUUCAACCUAUAUCUGAAAUUACAAUACAUGAUGACAAAGAAAUAACGCCCGUUGUAAAAGACGAAAGUAAACUAAAACCAAAACGACUCGAGUCGUGUAUUUCAACACCGGAUUCCGUACAAACACCUGUUAAAGAAAGAGUAUUCUCCGAUGCGCAAUUCUGGAAAAUUGAACCAGACCUCAGUUUACUGGAUAGUAUGUCUGAAAUGAUUUCCGUGGAAAUUGAGCAGGGAGCUAGUCAAGCUGAAAGUGAGUAUGUAUCUACCGUCUUCAGUAAUUUGCCUUCCGAACAACAAGUAACAGAUACAAUUGUAGAAUCCACACCCUCACUCAAAUUCAUAACUGAAGAAAUAAGAACUGACGAAGUGCAACAAAGUAAAAAAGCUCAAGAAGAAAAAAUGUCGGAGGAACAAUCGCUAGAGAAUAAAAUGGCUGAUUUGCAGAGAGAAAUCGAAGAGAUGCUCUUACCCGAAAAUGAUUCUUCUCUCAUCAGCGACGACUCACCUAAGGAACUUACCGACACCCAGUCUUCUAUGGAAUUCCAAUAUGAUGAACUCAUUCCAGACAACAUUACUCCAUCUCUUGCGACACCUGAACCUGAAGAUUUGCUACUAGAAUCAAAGCCACCAGCUGAAACGCAACAAGCUGACGUCACCAAAAUCGAUGACGCACACGUCAGUAUAAGCAUGGUCGAUUCUGUGUUGGACGAAUCUGAGCCGUUUUCGUUCACUGAAACACAAUCUCUCGAAUAUACAACAUCAACGACUCAAGAUAUUAUUUCACCUAGAGAUGAAGCCAAUUUUUCAGUUGGGAAAAAUGAGAAAAUCGAUUCUGAUGAACAGAUGAUCGGCAUAGCUGCUAAUUUACAAACAACUGAAAAAGACGAAGUUAAAACAGGCGAUAAAGAAUCUGAUAAAAUCGAAACUUCUGGUAUUGUAGAGAAUGUGAAACGGGAAGACACAUACGAAGUUAAAACAGACGAUAAAAAAUCUAAUAAAAUCGAAACUUCCGGUGUUAUAGAGAAUGUAGAACGUGAAGAGACUAUUGAACCUGAACUGUCCGAUACAUUAUCUGACGCUGUUCCUAUUAAUGUUGUAGACCCUAUCACUAACUACCAUAUAAACCUUAAACCCGAUAAUUUCUGGAUAAACAAAUACGCAACUGAUGAUGCCGAAUUGUUAUUAGUUCAACAAAAACUUAAAAAAGAAAGUACUCCUCCUAUCGUAAAACAAAACCAACCUAAAGAGAAACCUAUUGAUCUUAAUUUAAAACCCGACGUAAAAGUCGACAUUGAAAACAUUCGUAACGAUAACAAAUUCUGGGUUGAAAAACAUUUAUACCAUGACGCCGAAUGCCAAUAUUUCCUUUCAAUGGCCAAAAAAUCUAAACCAACAUCAGCCGUUGGAGAUGAUUUUGAAGUCAAAGAUCAAAAUGACAAGGAUAGGGACCCUGGUGGUAGUUCUGGACACACUUCUGAAGGGGAAGAACCUAAAGAACCCUCUGGUUCUCCUUUCAAUUCCACGUAUCUGUCCAUGGACUUACCCGGCGGUAUAUGUAGUUGGAAAGAUCAUAGCUCUUACUUGAGCGCCGAAACUCCUUCUGUAUCGCUUGAUUCAAACGCGGAGGCUCUUCAAGCUUCCGCUACUGAGGAUAUACUAACAACCCUACCUACAGAACCAGUUGUCCAAACCCCACCCCUACAGGAGCCAGCCAUCAACGAGACAACCCGAAGGACACCCAAGGAUGACUUGUCUAACGAUAUUGAAACACUGCUAGUCGAGAUAAGGGAUGUUCAAACAAGACUGACUGAUUUGCCUGAUGAAAGCCUAGAAGCCACGGAGGAAGGUCUCAAGGAGGGAAUCUCAAUUUUAAUCAAGUGCGACGAAGCAGCCGAGCUGUUGGAGCAGAAGAUCAUGGAGUACCGCCAGGAAGUGGAGGUCCAGACCCUGAUCAAGGAACUCAUCGCUAUGAAGGGCAGGAUCUCAAAGCUUCUGACCCAAGCGCGGCAAGGUCUCGGCGUCAUCCAGGUAAGGAAGGACGCGAAGGCAGAGCUGUCGCGUCAAACUAAAGAUAUUGAAGAACAACAAAAAGUAAUCUUCAAACUUGACCAAUGGCUUGAGGCUAUUAACAAUGGUCUCAGAGAAUCCACACAGCAAUCCGACGUCCUUACAGAAGAUGACGUGAUCAGGUAUAUCGAGGUGUACGAACGCUACAUCAGGGAAUACGAGGAGUAUGAAAUCAUUUUGAGGUCGAUAACUGUGAUAAGGCACGAUGAAUCUAGUCAAUCGUUGAGGUCAAAAAUAAACACUAUGCAAGCAGCGUUGGAAGAAACAAAGCGUCUAGUCAUUAUAGAAAUAGAGAGGUUAAGGCUAGUGUUGUUACAUUUGAGAUCGGCUCCAGAAAUAGCUGAAGAAGAUAUUUCCCAGACCGAUAGAACCAUCGAUUCUACUUCGAUGCCUGAAGAGGUCGCUUCUCCAAGAGAAGCUGGCCUUGCUGGACCAAAAGUGGAUCUUGAAAAGGAACCUGCUAUAAAAGACAAAUUAGAACCAGAACUUAAACACGAAAGCGUUGAUAAAAUUACUAAAGAAGAAACUGAAAAAGUGCCUACAAUACAAGAAAGUAAACCUAGUCAUGAAACAUCUAAAUCAAAAGAUAAUCAAGUAAUUCAAGUAAUCCAGGAGAAGCCCACUUUUACUAUAGAAACACAAACAGGAGCCAGCUUAAUGUCUAAUGCUCCAUCUGUAGUUGAUAAAUCUGUCAUUUGCAACCCAGAGGUAACAACGCACGAUGUAUCAGUAACUUGCGCUUUACCUCGAGAAGUCGAAGUCCAAACGAGUGAACCACAUUCAGCCGAAAAGGAACUUUACGAAACAAUACAAGUUAAACAGACUAUUUCUGAUGGGCACGAGACGAUUGAGAUCGCCAGUCGUCCAGUACAUAAAGAACAACAUGUAGACCAAACACUCCUAGUAGACGCAGACUAUAAGGGAGAUCAAGCUAGAAAAGAUUCUCAUUUGAAUAUCACACACAGCUUACCGCAAUCAUUUGAAACAGUAAUGGUUGAACCUGAUGAAACAACAACCGAAGUAGUUGUAGACGCAGACGGAACCAAGAGAAUAAUUGUGAAGAAAAUCAGAAAAACUUUAGUAACUAGGCAACAAACGUACCAAACACAAGAACAGAGAUCUCAAAUCCUUUCCAGGGAUGGUGUUCAGGACUCAUUUUCACAAAUUACUCUAAAGGAAGACACAGGAUCAACUUCGAAGGUUUUGGAAGACGGUGGAGUGCAACGCAUCCAAUAUCAGACUUAUGGCGGUCAAGUAAUAUCAAGAUUGCCUGGCGGAGAGGUUACAAUACAAGAAUACACUUCAAAACCUGAUAUGCUGAUAACAAUGGAAGAAGGAAUGAAACCUGAACAUAUUCUUCAGUUAGCCGAAGGUGAAAUUCCCACCCAAAUUCAAACGUCAUCGUCCAGCGUCACCGCUGUUGUACAACAAGUAACUAAACGCACUAUUCAAACUAGGAGACGUAUAAUCCGUAAAGUUGUUAUCGUUGAUGGUAAAGAACACGUCACUGAAGAAGUGAUAGAGGAACCGGACAAUGUAGAAGUAAUUGAAGAACAAAUACCAAGAGUAACAAUAAAUGUAAGAGAUGGUGAAGAAGUUCAAUUUACCGAAAUAGACGAUGCAGAUGACAAGGGCGAUGAACAACCACCCAAUCCUUUUGAUGUACAGCAAUCAGAUUCUCAAGGUAAAUCCCCAGUAAACAAAAAACCAGACGAUAAACGUGAUAAAGAAGAACAUGAUAAAGGCGGCAAAGAACCAAGUGACAUUUCUGUUGAAAAAAUAGCUCAAGAACAAGAACUAACUCGUUUGAUGGAAGAUUUUAUUAAAAAGGAGAGUGAACAUAACAAAUCUGACAUAAUAACACGUCUGUCUGAAGAAAAAGAAUCCUCACCAACACGGACUGUUACAAUUAGAGAAACAUAUUCCAGUGCUCCAACGGAUGAGACCAUGCCAACAGAAGAAAAUUAUUAUGUGCAAGAACCUCACGAUGGUCAACCAACUUUUAUUACUCACGGAAUACAUCAGUCAACUUUAGAAACGUCGUCAUCUAAUACGGCUACAGUCGUUCAAAAAAUCACUCGGAAAAUAACUAGAACUAAAAAACGAAUUAUAAAGCACAUUCAAAUAAUUGACGGCAAGGAACACGUCACGGAAGAAGUAAUAGAAGAACCUGAUGAUGUAGAAAUUAUAGAGGAAGAGCCGAAAAUUACUCAUACACAUAGUCUUCAAACGACCGGUGUAAAAACCAAACGUAUGAAGAUCAUAAGGCAAGUACAAAUUAUUGAUGGUAAAGAACACGUUACUGAAAAAGUAAUUGAAGAGCCUGAUGAUGCUGAAACACUUGAGCAGGUACCUACUGUCACUGAAACAUUGCCUAUGGGAAGUGUCACAACAAAACGUAUCAAGGUCAUAAGACAAGUGCAAGUUGUCGAUGGCAAAGAACACGUCACUGAAAAAGUAAUUGAAGAACCUGACGAUGCUGAAACACUUGAGCAAGUAUCUACAGUCGUCAGUGAAACGUUACCUGUGGGAAGUGUCACGACAAAACGUAUCAAGGUCAUAAGGCAAGUGCAAAUUAUCGAUGGCAAAGAACACGUUACUGAAAAAGUAAUUGAAGAACCUGAUGAUGCUGAAACACUUGAAAAAGUAUCUACAGUCGUCAGUGAAACAUUGCCUAUGGGAAGUAUCACGACAAAACGUAUCAAGGUCAUAAGACAAGUGCAAGUUGUUGAUGGCAAAGAACACGUUACUGAAAAAGUAAUUGAAGAACCUGAUGAUGCUGAAACACAUGAGCAGGCACCUACUGUUACUGAAACAUUGCCUAUGGAAAGUGUCACAACAAAACGUAUCAAGGUCAUAAGACAAGUGCAAGUUGUCGAUGGCAAAGAACACGUUACUGAAAAAGUAAUUGAAGAACCUGACGAUGUUGAAACACUUGAGCAAGUAUCUACAGUCAUCAGUGAAACGAUACCUGUGGGAAGUGUCACGACAAAACGUAUCAAGGUCAUAAGGCAAGUGCAAGUUAUCGAUGGCAAAGAGCACGUUACUGAAAAAGUAAUUGAAGAACCUGAUGAUGCUGAAACACUUGAAAAAGUAUCUACAGUCGUCAGUGAAACAUUGCCUAUGGGAAGUAUCGCGACAAAACGUAUCAAGGUCAUAAGACAAGUGCAAGUUGUUGAUGGCAAAGAACACGUUACUGAAAAAGUAAUUGAAGAACCUGAUGAUGCUGAAACACUUGAGCCAGUAUCUACAGUCGUCAGUGAAACGUUGCCUACGGGAAGUGUCAUGACAAAACGUAUCAAGGUCAUAAGACAAGUGCAAAUUGUCGAUGGUAAAGAACGCAUUACUGAAAAAGUAAUUGAGGAACCUGAUGAUGAUGAAAGACUUGAUCAAGUGCCUCCAAUUAGUCAUAAUCUUCAGACAGAAGGUAUUAAGACCAAUCGCUUAAAAAUUAUAAGACGUGUUCAAAUAAUUGAUGGUAAAGAACAUGUUACUGAAGAAGUCAUAGAAGAACCUGACGUAGAAUAUGUCCCGGAUUCUACUAUUACAGCUGAAAUUGAUGUGCACAUUAAAGAACAUCCCACUACAUCACUGGAUGUAUCCCAACCGCAACUAAUUACUUUAGAUAAAAAUUUAAAACAGAAAUCGAAUAUUGCUGACUUGACUAAAUCUUUGAUUAGUAGUGAAGUUGAUCAUGCCCAAAUUAAGCCAUCAUUAGAAACUGAUCAUCAAAUUAGUUCAACGGUUAAAGUAAUAGAUAGUAAAAUCACUGAUCAAGAAACUGUAGAUGAAGUUCCUACUUUAAUUGAAACCACAGAAUCAACUGAACCGAUAACCUCUGCAAUAUCACGAGAACACCAGGUAAUUGAGACACAAGAGAAACCUGUUCUCACAUUAGAUUCGACAAACACGGACAUCAAAGAUAAAAACACAAUCGUCGACAUUACGAAGAGUUUAAUAGGAAGCGAAAUAGAUCAUACUGUUACGUCCAAACUGGAAAGUUCAAGAAUUACUGACUUUAAUGUCACCGAAAAACCAAAAGACUUAGAACAUGUGCCCUCAUUAACCCAAGGAAUACAGAGAGUAGAUACCGUACCCAUCGAACCUAAAGUUAUUGAAUAUACUUUAAAACAAGAACCUAUGGAAAGUAUAAAACCUGAAUUUACAUCAGAACAUCAGAAAGAUACCGCCAAAGUAUUUUUAGAGUCAUCUCAAGCUGACCGUGCCGAAGAAAGCACUCCAAAGCUUUCACAAACCGUAACCAAGGAAAUCACAAUAAGCCAACCCGUUAAUGUAAAAGAACAUUGUAGUGACGUAGAAAAAAUUACUUCCGAUACAAAAAAUACCGAUUAUUUACAAAAAGUUAAUAUUUCAACGAACGUUGAAAAAACAAUGCGAGAAAUUCAAGAUGUUAUCGAAACCACUGAACCCGACGUUAUCUUACUCACGGAAGCAGAGAAAGUCCCACAGAAGUCAACCUCGACACAGGAAGAAUUUAUGAUUUCAGAAUCAGUUGUUUUACCUUUAAUUAGUGAUAAAAGAGAAGUUUUUAGUAGCAAGGAAUUGAUUGAAAAUGAAUCUGUAGAUUAUAUUCCUUCGGACGGAGGUAAAGCUACAGCAGAACAGACAGAGUUAACCAUACCAGAGCUAUCAUCAGUUUCUGCUGAAACUGCUUCUAAACUAAAACAGGAAGAAAAGGAACAAAGUACGGAGCCCACAGAUGUUGAUCAGGUUAUUGAAAAAUCUAUAAAAACUGUAACUCCUAAUGCUCGUGAGAUUAAAGAAGUGGAAAAAAAUCCUAAAAUGGAUGAUAUUAGUGAUUUUCCUCAAUCACAAAAACCUUUGAAAGAAAUUGUAUUACCUAAGAAAACUGACACAUUUGCGCCAUCUAUAGCUGAAGCUACAGAUAGCAAUCUAAUAGAUAUCAGCAAAAGUUUUAUCGAUAUUGAAAUCGACCAGUCAAGUGUACAUAAAGCAACAUCUAUUAAAUUGCAAGGGUAUGAAGACGAUAUUAUUCUAAAUAAGCCGGAAUUGGCAAAUAAAGAAGUAACCCAAAUGGAUCCAAUUCAAACUGAUUUUGAUAUCCCUGAUAGGACAAGUGAAGGUCCAGUUGCCAUUGAUAUUCAAUCAAAACCAAAAAAGGAGGAAGGAAUUACAGUGACAGUAGUAGAAAAAAAGAUUUCACCUGAAGCUGAUAUUAAGGAUUUGACAAAAACAAUUGAGACAAAAGAAUUUACAACUGAUGAAAAACUUCCAGGUCAUAUUAAAGAAGCGUAUCCUUCAGACAUCAUAUCUGAAAAAGUUAAGGAUGUAGAAUCGGAAUUUAUUGGAAUCGAUGACCUAAAGAAAGAUUCAUCGUUGAAAGACGCAACAGUAGACUUCAUUGUGCAGGAGUCGAUUCAAAAAGAUAAUUCAAUACUAGAAGAAGCUACCAAAGAAAUACCUGAUCAACUGAAACUUGACAGUGAACAAUCACAGCGACUUAGUAAUUCUAAGCUAGAAGAAAAAGAUCUAUUAAUACCACAAACAGAAAACGUUCUGUUCGAAAUUAAAGAACAAUAUGACAGUAAAAAAGAAGCAAUACCAUUACCGUCUUCGACUUUUGAAACCGUAAGUGGUACAGAAACAAUUACAGUAACAACAGAUCUGAAUUUAGAAGUUCCUGAAAAACUUGGAGUAGAUGAUAAACAAAUGAGUGUCGUUGCACUUACAAAGGAAUUGCUAGAAACUGAAAGUUUUAAAUCAAACAACGUAAACGCUUCAAAAGAUAACGAAGAAAAUAUUUAUAAAAAACCGUUCGAUGUGGAAGAAUCAAUUCAAAAUCUCACUGUUGACGAAAAAGAAAAUAUUCAAUCUAUUACUGAACCGUCAAAUUUACAAAAUACAAACGUAAUUUCGGCAGCUACAGAAAUCUCAAAAGGAGAAAUACCAAUAAAAUUGCAAGAUAAAUCUAUUGAAGUAGAAGAUAAAUCAACUACAGUAGAAAGUAAACAAACUAAAGUAGAUGAUAGAGCAACUAAAGCGGAAAGUAAAUCAACUAAAGAAGAAGAAUUGAUUGUUUCUGAAGAACCAGAAAAAAAUGUCUGUCAAAUCAGUACUGAAAAGGCUCCUAUACAAACAUCGGUAGAAGUAGAACCUCUCAAAAUAGGAACCAUUAUUACGGAAUCUGAAACUUCUUUGAUUCCGGAAUCAUCGGAAGUGUCGUACGUUCGACAAUUUCAUCCUCAAGUUAAAGGCUCGACUGAAAGUGUGAAAGAACUUAUCGCAACUCUCGAGCUACCAGACCAGAAAGAGAUUUCAUUACAAACAGUAGGAGUUUCCGAUCAACCCACGAAACCAGAUCCGAGGUACGACACCAACGUGCUCCUUGAAGCUGAACGACAUGAUACAGAUUUGCGUGGAUUUAAGUCAAAAGAGCUCAAACUUAUAACAGAAAAUGAUAAGCCUCAACAAACGAUUGAUAUAUCUAUGUCUCUUACAAGAACUGAUGUAACUACUGAAGUCAAACCGAAAGUGCAACUAGAUCUUACCGUGCAAGAGUUUGAUUCUAAGAAUUCAGAGGUAGUUAAAAAGGAAAUUGAUGCAGUCUUACCAACAGAUGUAAAAGUAACUACAGAACACAUUACAAAAGAACAAAUUGUAUCUCCUGUAAUAGAAAAAGAAAGUAGAAUAGAAAACAAAGCAGAGGAACCUGUAAAAGAAAGUAAAAGAAGUAAGAGAAAGAAGAAACACAAGCGAGAAUCUGAAGGAAGUGAUUCUAUUGAAAUAUCGCAGGAACAACGAACAGAUACUGAAAAAAGCAUUGCUGAUACAGAUAGUUCUUCUCUGAGUCAUUACGUAGAUUUACCAAAAUCACCUCUGGCAGACUCUCCUAAACCAACAGAGGAAUUAUUGGAAAAACCGGUAGAGGAUACAGGCUCCGUGAUCGAGUCUCCUAUUAUCGAAUCUGAAACAACUAUAGAAGAACGAGGAUAUGAACCCGAGGAUAUAUCUAUUGCACCUGCGGCUACACCAGACAAGAGAAAGAAACAAAAGAAACGUAAGCAACACGGAGUUAGUGAAGAAACUACAUAUCCAAAAUUAAGUACAACAGAUGUAGAGGAUUCAUCAAUAACAUUGCCCGAAGAUAUUGAACCAGUCAAAAAAACAAAAGACAAAAAGCGGAAGAAGAAGACUCCAGACGAUGUUGAGACAAGUCCUGAAAUAAAACCUGAUGAAGUUGAAUUGUUACCAGAAAUCAAACCAGAGCUAUCAAACCUAGGUGAAAUUGUUGAGACAUCUCCGCGUGAGGAAUCGUAUCACACUAUAAGCGAAACUUCUGAUAUUAGUACCGUUAAAAUUGUAGAAGAAUGCGUACAGAGCAGUCCUGAAACAGCACAAGAAGAAGUGCCAACUACAGUCACAUUCCCGAUUCCGGUCGUCGAGGAAAUCCCAACACAAGAUUAUUCUGUACAAACCUCUCCGGAACAAAUUGAACCGGUUGAAGAGCUACCUAGGCCAGAAACAAUUGAUAGCGAGCUUCAAACUUCACCUACAUUAGUCCACGAGGCAUUGACACAAACUACUACAGUUGAAGAAAAGGAAACUGAGUCGCAAACAUCAGAGGAAUAUCCAACUGCAGGAGCACAUGUUGAAACAUUUGAAGUUGAAAUCCAAACUAGCAGAAAACAAUCGCCAGUACACAUUGUUCAACAAGAGGCGACAACCCAAGUCAUUCCUAAGGACAUUAGCACGUCAGAAGAGAAGUUCUCGCAGACCUCACCGGUUGUUGAAGAGCCUAUUGAAAUUAAAACAGAUGAUUCAAAAGAACAUGUCAUAGAAUCGAGAGAUAUGCAAACAUCUCCAUUGCCUAGUAUUCACACAGAUGACAAGAGCACGGAAGUAAUCAUUAAUACCACCGAUAUGAAUAUCCAAACAAUAAAACAAGAAAUCGCCGAUCAGGAAACUUCAACUAGUCCAAUAAAAGAGAAAGAAGUAAUGGAAAUGUCCAUUCAAACACCUGACAUUCCUCUGACCAGUACGUCGACACAAUCUGACGCGAUUGAACAGUUUUUGCACGAAGAAAGGGUAAGCAGGGAAGCAGAACCCCAACCUGAGGAAACAAAACCAAGCAAACGAGAUGUCAUUACUGUAGAUAGCACUCAACAAACCUCGCCAAGAGUUGAAUCAGAAAAACCACCAUUAAUAUUGGAGUUAUCAAAAACAAACACAGUAAGUACCAGUCAACAAACAACUCCGCGAGCUAUAGAAGAGCCCGAAUUAAAAGAAUCUACAGAAACUGUAUCAACUAUUGAUAUGUCACUACAAACAUCACCAAGAGUUGAAUUUACAGAGACAAGCAAUCUUCCAGAAGACUCUACUCCUCUACCCGUACUGGAACUAGAGAAGACAGCAGCUAUAACAGUUGAUAACACUCAACAGACAACUCCUAGAGACUAUACAGAGGACUCUAUAUCUACUUCAACGGAUGAGCCCUAUGAAGUACACUUGCGGGCUCAAAUCUCGAUACCUCAAGCGAACAUAGAUUUCCUUGACAGUGAACGUCAACAACAAGAAUUCCCUCAUUCAAUUAUCACAGAAAAACAGAAACAAAAGAAAAGAAAAUCUAAGAGGAAAGUAGAGUCACCUAUUUUGCAAUCUCCAGGAAGCCUUUCAGAUCCCAUUAAUUCUGAGCUGUCUCUAUCUGUGACGCCGACAAGUGACGAUACCUCAUUGAGAGAUACUCCCUCAACUGAUGAAGGUAUUUCACAAAUAACCAGCCCUGAUUUACCAAGACAAGUCGUACCACCUAAAUUGACAUAUUCAGAUGUUGUUCAGAGAUCUAAAUCAAAAUCUCCUUCACCCAGUAAAACAAUUGUCCCACAAAAAACAGAAAAGGCAAGGUUGCUGGAUGCCUUAGAAAAAAGAACACAAUCUGUUAUUCAAUCGCCCAAGAAUCCUACUGAUAACUCUAUGACAGUGGCUUUGUUUGAACCAUCUGUCGAGAAAUCUUAUGAUCUCGUUAUCAAUAAAGAACUAGAUACGGUAAAAAAUGCUAUAAGCAACAACAAUCCUUCCAAAACCGAAAGGAGUGUAAUAGUUGUUAUCGAAACUAUUUCUGUAUGGCUGGAAGAGAUUCAGUACAAAAUACAAAAAGAAACAAUGCGAGGAGAAAAACUAACAGAAGAGACUGAAAAACUGAGAUCUUUACAUAACUACAUCAGGUAUUUAAAAGAAAUCAUUGAGGUGACGGAAGUAAAUGAAGAAAUCACCAUUUUGAUUGAUACUUUAACUCGUCAAGUAGACGCAGUUAAUACUUUGAAUAAGCAAAGCUCGGUCAAAGUGGAAGAAAUCGGAAGAGAAUGGGAAAAAUUCUUACACGAUACAGACAGUCUAGCAGAAUCCGUCGAACGUGUCAAAGCUAAUUUGGAUAAUAUAAUCCUGUCAGAAAACACGACUCAACAAAAACUUGAUCAGCUGGACAAAAUUGAAUCGGAUAAUAUCGAUAAUUUCGAAUCGCUGACCAAACUUUUCAAGCGCUGCCGUUCCUUGAUUGAAGCAAAUCCGAAAAGAGAAUGUCCCGUCAAAUUAUACUCAUGUGACGACGAGACAAAACAUGUAGAGCACACCAUCAACACUGAGAGGGAUCGGCUUCUACAACUAGCGUCUCUGGCAGAAGAAUACGAACAGACCCUACAAGACUUUGGUCAAAUCACAGAUGUAGCUGAAGCACUAUUAGACGGGAAAAUUAUUGUGAAUGACUUGGACCAUCUUCACGAAGAAAUUCAAAAGCACCGAAAAUUCUUCGUUAAUUUGAGCCAUUGCAGAGCGAUUCUAGAGUCUUUGGAAGACAAUCUAGAUAGUGAAACGAGAGCCAAAUAUUCUUCUUUACACAAUUCACUACACGAUAGAGCAACAGUUAUUAUAGACCGCGCGGCGAGCAGAGCUCAACAGAUGACGCACGCUGCGUCGAGAUGGAAUAUUCUCGAAAAUGGAAUGAAAGAAGAAAAGCAAUGGCUCGUCGUCGCUCAACAAAGAAUCCCAGACUUAACUAACGUUACUUCAAGAGAUCACGAACAAUACAUUGAUUUGUAUCAAUCGAUUAAUCAUGACGUUUCUCGGCAUCACGCGAAAAUGUUGCGUCUACUAUCAAUAACGCAAAACAUGCAAAACCUAAUUGUAUGUUCUACAUUGGACAACCAAUGCUCGUCAGCUCUGAACACGUUAUUAAAACUGCAAGACGAGAUUGAUACGCGAUUAACAAGACUUACAGCGUUCAGAGAACACUGGGUAAAUUACGAUCUACUUAUCGAUAGAACAGAAGGAUGGAUGAAAAUCGCGAACCGCGAAUUGGAAUUCAUUACUCCUGAAAAUAUUACCACGACGGGUAACUUGCGUAGAUUCUGGGAAUUAAAAGCCCAGCACGAGGUGCACAAUAAUUUAAAAAAUGAUUCCGGAGUACAGUUUGAAAAAGCACUCGAGAUAUUACCUAUAUCUGAUGAAAUGGUACAAAGAGAGUAUUUCUCCAAAGUUGAGGACCAGUGGCAUGCUUUAGCUGCCAGAAUAGCCGGUGUACACGACUCUGCCAUACAAACCAUAUCUGAUCGUGACGUUUCUUCAGGAGAAAAAUUGAAUAUUCUGGAAGAAGAGCUACGAGAACUUCGUUCAUCUAUAGAUGCCCUCAAAGGCGUCAUCAAGAGCGAAGACGAACUGAAUCUCUACAUAGAAAGACUGCAAGUCAUGACCGGACGUAUUGAUCGCAUACAAAAUGAAUUAGGAAGACUUAGUUUACUACCUACAGCUGAAUCAGAACGAUUGGGAGCGCUAUUAACGCAAUCGGGAAUACUAGAAGAUCAGAUUUCCGAAGAGUUAGAACGAAGCUUAUUGCUAAAGGAGAAAAUAGUGCAAGUUCAGAGUGGUAUAGCGAGAUGCCAAAAGAGUCAGCGUCGUGCAAGACUUACCCUCGAGGAGUGCGAAGCAGCAGAACGCCUCGGCAGCGACGUUGUUGAAAAGGCAUCUCAGACUUGUGACCAAUUGAUCGAAGACUUAGCAUCCCAGUGGCGAGAUAUUCUUGCUUUAAGACAAGCCCUCCAUACACUGCCGAUCAGUCUUCGAAUAUGUGUAUCGCCUACCAGUCUGGAGAGAGAUAUUUCGAGUUUGCAGGAAACGCACGCAGAUUUAGAAGCGGCUUGCGGCGAGCUCAGCGCUCGUCUACGUGCGAAAGUUCAUUUGUGGAAACGUUUCGAGAGGCAGUUGGAGAUGGUGCAGGGCGCCGUGCGUGAAGCGGAUUACAUGGUCGAACUCUUGACCGUUCAAGGCCAAGUUGACUAUGACCGUCUCCUGAAGGCAACUGAGAAGCUGGAGACCCUGAGUGAAUCGCUGACAAGAAGGAGUGGCGAGCUGGUGGGCGAACUCCGCGACGCAGCGGCGCCUCUGGAGGCCACCACGGAGCCCUCGGUCGCGGCUCAACUCCGCAGGGAGCUAGACGAUGCUGCCACAGCAUACGAACACACGUGCACCAACUUAACUCAGCUGUGUGAUAAGUACCAUAAAGCCGUGGAUCUCUGGAAGCGUUAUCGCGACGCUGCUGCGACAGUGAGAGCCUUCGCUGAAUUCCAGGAGGGUAAUCUUCACGCACUGAGACCGGACGAUGCCCCUAACACUGCCCAAGCAUGCUUGGAACAAGAAGCCAGGGUAGCUGAACUCCGAUCAUUGGCGGCGAGAGUCGCUGCAGAAACUGGAUCUAGGGCUCUCCAGGCCGACGCUGACGCACUGGCCCGAAGGCUGCAGCUGGUCGCCGGCGCUGUCCAGGUCCUGGCGGAUCUGGGCGAAGCCCGGCAGAGCGCACGAGCUAAAGCGCAGCACGCCAAAGAGAAACUAUGUGACAUGAGACAGGACUUGGCUCCGCUGCACGAAGACGGAGAAAUCGUUGAAGACAAACUGAUAGCGUUACGAGAAAACCUUAUCGCGCUGGGUAAGAGUGAAGCGGACAUCGCUCCAGCCACGGCGGAACUGCCCGACAUCGAUAGAGACGUUUCCGAAGAACAUUCGAUCGUUAGGAUCUUGGAACUAUGGCAGGCUAUGUUCAGAGACACAUUCUUGCAUUACCACAGGCUAUCGACCGCCCUGGUUAGGUCUGGUGAUGCGGCCACUGCGCUCAGACUAUGGCACGAGUACUUGAUCGACUUACAGUCGUUCUUGUCAAGCGGAGUUCCAACAGAUUACGAAAACCUAACAGAGCACAAACGUCUGUGCAGGGUUCACAGAAAUCUACUCACUUCGCAACGCUCAGUCCUAAUAAACGAAAACAGGGAUACUAAGAAUAAGGACUUGGCCGACAAAUUCGACACCCUUACUAAUCUCCACAAUGAAACCCUAGCGAGAAUUGUCGAAAGACACGAUGAAGUGUGCGCCCGCAUCGGAGCCUGGGACGACUAUAGAGAGAAUUACACAGAACUAUUGAGAUGGCUUAAAGAAAUGGAACGCGAAAAAGAAAAGCUGCAACUCAGAUACGUUCACAUGAAGAGGAUACACAAGAUCUUAUCCAAAAUACAGAAUCUCGCUGACAAAGUGCCCGAAGGCCGCAAACAGUCUGAUAAACUUCUAGUCAAUCUCAAGAAAGUCUUACAGUUUACUGAGGAAGCUUAUGGAGCCUCCGUCAAAAUGGAAUACGCCGGGAGUGUGAAGAGAGUCGAGAAUCUGCAAGCUAGCCUCGACACAUGGAGAGACUUCUUAACUCGAAUUCUAGGCCUGAUCGGUGAAUACGAACGCUUGACAAGUGAUUUACACAAAAUGUACUCAAAGACACAAGACGACAUUAGUUCAUAUACUGACGAGGAGAAAUUAUCUCGACCGCAACUCAAAAAAAUUAUUGAUAAAUAUACAGAUUUACGGACAAAGAUCGAAAAGAGCGAAACGCAGAUUGAGGCUUUGAGCGUCAUCCAGGAACAGUUGAAAGAAUGCCUGAGUCCGCAGGAUAUGAGAAUAGUGAACCAAAGAAUAUGGCAACUGAGGCAACAACGCGCUGACCUUGAACAUCAACUAUCUAUCAUCAUUCACAGACUUCAAGAACGACUGGAAAUUUACGCCAUAUUUGAUACGCGAUUCAAACGAUUCACGGAAUGGAUUACAACUGUCGAAACGCGUUUAGAGACUUCGGGCAGUAGCAGUAGCGACAUCACCGCUUUAGAUCCCCACGAUUUGAUCAGAAGGCUAAACGCUGAUGUUCAAGCAGAAACUGCUAUGAAGGAACGUGAAUUUGAAUGGCUCUCUGAAACCGGUAGCUCUCUUAUAGAGGUAGCAAAGAAAGAGGAAAAGUCAUAUAGCAAAAACACGUCAAAACAGUUGAAGGACAUGGAAGAAAGAUGGCGAAAACUCCAGGAAACUGGUAGAUCUAGAAUUGUGAAAAUUACUGAAUUACUAGAAACUAUAACACAGCUCGAAGAGAGGCUUACAGAAAUCAGAAUAAAACUACACGUCAUAGAGUCGAAAUUGACAACGACUGUUAUCUUAGAAUACCUAACGACAAAGAGCGUGGAUGAGAAAUUCAAAGAACGAGACGAUACACAUAAAGAAAUUGAAGCCGAAAGUGGAGAGGUGUGUGAAACUUUGAAUCUCUGCGAUCUUGUGUUCAACGACCCCGAUGUUCUCAAAGGUAACUUCGAUCUCAGAAACUUAAGAACCGGAGUGGACAUCGUCGAAAAGAAAUGGAAAAAUAUUUGCGACACUUCUGAACAUCGCAAGAAUACGCUGAAAGAAAUUCGUAAAUCUGCCGAACUAUCUUCGUCUGUUCUACCUAAAUUCGUCAAGAAACUCGAUUCAAUCGAGAAGAGAGUUGAGAAAAUUGAAACCCGAAAACAACGUGGUGAACAUGAAGAUGAAACGGUUUCGAAGGCCGUAAUUAAAGACUUGGAAGCAUUAGAACCCAACCUCAAGCGGAUAGAGGACGCAUACAGCCGCGUAGCGUCUGCAAGAGGCGUAGAGCUUCGUGGCCAAGGGGCAGACGAAGCUGCCAAGAUGCGGUCGGCGAUCCGUCGCUGGCAACAGCUCAGGGGCAGGGUAGACGCCGCUGGCGCAGACGUCCACAGACAGUUCGUGGCGGCACACGGAAAAGCAGUCGUCGCGUUGGCCGAAGUCGACGUCAGACUGACCAGAGCUCUGCAUCUUGCUCCCACUCCCUUGGACAAAGAGGCCACCUUAAAAGAGCUAGAGUUGGUUGAAAAAGAACUGGCUGAAUGUCAAGCAUUAGUGGAUGACGCCGAUCGCUUGGCUGCUAAAGUCUCGACAGCGCAAGGCGUUUCUGAAAUGGUCGCAGAGUACCGCGCCUUAUAUGCGGAUGUCAGGUUGCGACUGGACCUGGCCAGAGCAGAGGUCGUCGGCGACGUGGACACCGCCGUUCAAGUUGACACUUUAAAAUGGGAGACGGACGCAGCCCUACAAGUAGACACCCUCACCUCGAAGGAGACGUACCGAGCUGAACUGGCGUCGGCCGUGAGGGACACCUCGGAGGCGCUCGAAGUGCUGGAACUCGCGUUGCAGCAGCAGCUCAAAGACAACGCUGGAAGCGACGAACUGGCCGCGGCCGCAAAAGAAAUCGCCAAAGCCGGAGCCAAGCCCGGACAGACCUUAGAGCUGGCCAAGCACCUCUCGGAGCUGCUGCUGACCGAGUGCGACGCGACUGAGGACGAAGCCAUGAUGAAGGAAGUUGAGUCUCUCUCGUUGCGGUACGAAGACCUGUUGACGCAAGCCAAGAAGAGGGAGCUCCAAAUCAACAACCUGAGGUUGCCCCACUCCGCGUCAUACGCGCUCACGUGCGAACACGAGUCUGGUAGGCUGACCUGCCCACUGUGCUCGGAGAGGAACUGGAAACAGCUGGACAAUGACCUUUGGCGGCUGGAGCAGUGGCUGCAGUUCGCCGAGGCCACGGAAGCUUCCAGAACCGAGCCGCCCGAACAAUACGACUUACUCGAAGACGCUAUACAGGACCACCGCGAGUUCCUGCUGGACCUGGACUCGCACAAGUCGAUCGUGGUGUCGUUGAACGUGGUCGGCGGGCACGUGGCGGCGCAUGCGCACGACGCUCGGGACGCGGCGCGCGUGCGGGCCCGCCUGGCCGCCGCCAACGCGCGCUGGGACCGCGCAUGCGCACUCGCCGCCGACCGACAGAAGCUGCUGCAGCACGCGCUCGUGCACAACAGACAGUUCCACGAUAUCGUGGUCGAGUUAGUGGCGCAGCUGGCAGCGACAGAACGCGGCGUGCGCGGCAGAGAGCCGCUGCGCUUGUCGCGUCCGGCGGACGAGCUGCAGCGCGACUUCAGACGCUUCAGUGAGCUGCGCGACGAGCUGCAGCGCGCCGAGCCGCGGGUGCACGCGCUGCACGACGCCGCACAGCUGCUGCGGACCGAGGACGCUCCCCCGCACUCGGACGACAUCUGCCGCAGGCUAGCGGAACUCCGGCUGCGCCUGCAGUCCCUGCGCAAGUUGUCCGGUGUGUACGCGCUGAAGCUCGGCGCGGCACUGGCCCGGCGGCCCGCGCGCCCCGCCCCCGCCCCCGCCUCCGCCGCGCUCGCCGCCGCCGCCCUCGCCGCCGCGCCACAGCUAAUGGAAGAGGAAGACGAGGAACUAUCCACCAUGACCCUGCCUCCGUUCGACGAGAAUGAGGCGGAAGCCGAUGAGCCGGCGAGCGAGGAGGAGACGCUGAGUGGCAUGCAGCGCGGGCUGCGCUUCGUGUGCCGCGUGGCGCGUGCCUCCUUGCCCUUCCAAGCGCUCUUGCUGCUCGUGCUGGGCGCCGCCGCGCUGGCCCCGCACGCGCGCACCGAGUGCCGGGGCGGACUCGACCCCGUACUGCCCGUGCUGCGAUACCCGCACGGGCCACCGCCGCUCUGAUCUACUCCACACUGACAACACAACACGCACAAAACGCAACACCCUGUUUUGUGUACACUGCGCGUUGUACGACGCAUACCUUGUGUCGUACAAUCCCGCUGAAAGCACAUUCUUGAAUUAAACCUACUUCACACUACUACUACGGUGAAGCUUUUAUGAAAAUUUUAUUCAGAACGACCCAACCACGAUCCGCCCUCUCAUUUCCCACUGGAUCGAGGUCGUGUUGUUUUUGAACGUCGUAAUGACGUCACCUUCCCUCUAGGGUGACGUCACGAAGCCGCCAUGCAGGCGACCGGCCCGCACGCCGGCGGUCGCCGCUCUGUGACAUUCCAUUAGUCGACGGCGCGAGCCCGAGCUGAGCGCCCGUGUCGCCUUGUACAUAACGAUUUUGUAUAUUUGUUACGAUUGAAUAUUUGACACGGAAUAUAUUGAUGGGAGUUUUGGCGACGACGGGCGCCGACGAGCCGCGCCAACCGAACCGACAUGAGUUAACGAGAUAUAUAACAUUAUUAUUAUUAUUAUUAUAUUAAAUAUUUAUUUAUAUUUAUGUAACGAGCCCGUGUGUAAGCGAAGCACAAAAUAUAAAAUGAAACGGCUUUAGGUAAACACGCAUUGUUACUUAAUAGAUUCUAAGGACUGUUUGUAAAAGUCAAUAAUAAAGCCUACGCAUUGAUUAUAUA